AUGAUGGAUCCAGGUUCAGAUCACAAUGGCGAGGCUCACCUGAAAUGUAAGCUAACCUUUAUAUAGCUGCACGUAAAACAUUGAUAAGUACGUUUAUUUCAUAAUAACAACCUUGAUGUACUAUAAUGUCCAAUUCCUUGUCACAUUCCAUUGAUGGAGUUGUCUGUUGACUACCAUAAAGGGCAAGAUGAAGAAAGAAAAUAUUUAUCCUGAUGACAAAAAUUUAUUGUUUUGUUGGCUUGCUGAGAGAUAAUGUUUUUUAAAAGUGAGACCAGCUAGUCCAAGGUGGCAUUUUCCACUUUUUUUCACUGUCCAUAUAAAUUAAGUUGUCAUUGGAGACACAUCAAGGAAAAUAUAAAGAGAGGAACUGCCUCUCCUGGUGACAGGAGAUGCUGUCACGAUCGUUGAGAGACGGGUCAGACCAAGGUGCAGCAUGAAAAACAUACAUAUUUAUUCAACUCAAUAAACAUAACAAAACAAGAAACAACGUAACGUGAAGUCCUCAGGCUAUACACAUACAAGCCUAGACACGGAACAAGAUCCCACAACUACGGUAGGCAAACAGGCUACUUAAGUAUGAUCCCCAAUCAGAGACAACGAGCGACAGCUGUCUCUGAUUGGGAAUCACACAUGGCCAAACAUAGAAAUACAAUACCUAGAACAUAAACAUAGAAUUUCUAGCAUAGAUUCUCACGCCCUGACCAAACCAACUAAAGACAACCGGCCUCUCAAGGCCAGGGCGUGACAGUACCACCCCCCAAAGGUGCAUACUCCGGCCGCACCAACCUGACUCAUUAGGGGAGGGUCCGGGUGGGCAUCCGGCUCCGGGCGUGACGACCUCUCCCUCUCUGCCUCCCCGUUGCACCCCUGGUCUGAUCUGGAUCUCGGCGCGAUGCUUCCCCUCUCCUUCCUCCCACGAUGCACCAAGCCCUGUCUGGACCCUGGUGUGGGAGACCCCGAACCUGGAGAGGGGCUGACGGCUGGGCCUGGAUCGGCAAUCCUCCCGCGAUGCAUCAAGCCCUGUCUGGACCCUGGUGUGGGAGGCCCCGACCCUGGAGAGGGGCUGACUUCUGGGUCUGGAGUGGCGCCGCUGACCGGAGUUGAACUGGACCCCGGAGGAGCGGACUGCUCUGGCUCCGGAGUGGAUCCGCUGACCGGAGCUGGACUGGGCACCGGUGGAGCAGACUGCUCUGGCUCCGGAGUGGAUCCGCUGACUGGAGCUGGACUGGGCACCGGUGGAGCGGACUGCUCUGACUCCGGAGUGGAUCCGCUGACCGGAGCUGGACUGGGCACCGUUGGAGCGGACUGCUCUGACUCUGGAGUGGAGCAGCUGACCGGUGCUGGACCAGGCACCGGUGGAACAGGUUUAUAGUAUCACCCUUGCCUGUAUGAAAGGAUGUCAACUCCCUGGCCCCAACAGUAUAUCCAUUCAAUGCUCUCUCCUUCAAAACACAAAUGACAAAAGUAUUUUCUGAAAUAGCACCCAGACGGUAUUGAUCUCUCGAUAUUUACCAUGUCGUUUUGCACCUGUGGCAUAUACUCUCCGCUCCACGCCUGGUCCAUGUAUUGUGCUGUCACAGACUUCACUGACUCCUACCUGUAAAAGAAAAGCGAUUACCUAUUUUGACCUCGCUUUUCUUUCUCACUCCCGGGUAAUAUUUUCUCACACAAUUUGUGUGUGUGUAGGGGGUUGUGUGUAGGGGGUUGUGGGGAUGUGGGAUUGAUUUGGUGGUUGCAUCUUAAUAGUGAACAGUGGCUUCCUCUCCUCAUCAUUUGCGCUGCUGAGAAAGAACCAGAAUACUGAAAGCUAUUAGGCAUCGACCAUUCAUGCAUUCACCUGUUGUAUGUUUUCAGGUUAGUACAGAUGAAAAUGAGGAUAUGAGGAUAUUUAACAGUAUUGAGAUGCACCCCAUGGAUACCCCCAUGUAGAGCAAACAGCAAAGGCACCUGGGUGAUUGGCACGGUUUCCAUGGUUUCCAGGGGCUGGCUUUGAUUAAGUACGCGGUGUGGCGCGCCUGCCAGCCGAGCUGCCCGACUGUGGCCUCGCUAAAAUAAGCAAUCAACAGCCAUGGCUGUGGCUCCCCCAGAGCUUUCACUGUGUGUGUGUGUGUGUGUGUAGGGGGUUGUGGGGAUGUGGGAUUGAUUUGGUGGUUGGCCUUAUAAUAAGGAACUAGUUGCACCUGACGUGUCCUUGCUUUUAACCUUUAUGCAGAAUAGAUUAUCUGCUGAGGUAAAGUAGAGGGCGCUGGACACACACUGAAACACACACAGACCUGAGUAGUGUCAAACGCCGGAGGGACUGAGUCCCGCUCGGACAGCAGGUACAGCAGGUGCUCACUGUAGCCUUCCAUACACAGUCACCCUGACACCCCGUGAACCAAAAGAGACUUUCACAAAUGGCAAGAUAAUGUUUGGGACUCAUCAACUGCUACUCAUUGCAGUCAGGCAUACUGUUCAAUAAGGGUACAGUGCCACCUAUUGGUAAUGCCCUGUAAUAAAGGAGGGGAGGUACAGGCCAAAUUACGUCCAUCUCUGUUCUGUUUCUGUUACUGUUAGGCUACGGCCACACUCAGAAGACGCAUGAACACGGAGGUAAUUGAGUUUCAUUCCAAAAUGCUACUGUAUAUAUCUGCCUCACUCUCAGAUAAAUAAGUAGGACUGCUAGAUUUUACACAGUCAAAUGUAAAAAAUCAUUGCAUUUUAAUAAAGAACUGUACGAAUGAUACAUGUGACAUCAAUAUUAAAUUAUGUAUUUUCUGUAUAACACUGACCCUACGCACACUCACUAGACUAUAUAUACACACCAUAUACACACUCACUCACAUACACACUACAUUGACACUCCCACACAAACCCACAUUCACACACACUACAUACACACAUACCGACACAACACAAACACACAUAUAUACAAAUCAGGGGAGGCUGCUGAGAGGAGGACGAAUCAUAAUAAUGGCUGGAACGGAAUAAAUGGAAUGGGAUAAAACACAUGGAAACCAUGUGGCCACCUAUUGAGUUGGAUCAUGAGUUCUGAGUAUUACAAAUGGACCAGACAAUACUUAAUUGAAAAUAUACAAUUCUAUAACUAUAUAGUUUCUAUUUAAGUUACAAGAUUAAAACCACUGGUUUGUUAGCUAUGUACCAUCAGUAAUCAAUCAAUAAUUAAUACCCGAAUGGAAGUCUCUCUAGACCCCUCAAACUCAACUCUGGACCUCGAAGCCAGUGCCACUGCUUUUUUAAAUUGUCCCCCUCUAAUCAGGGACUGAUUUUAGACCUGGGACACCAGGUGCGUGCAAUUAAUUAUCAGGUAGAACAGAAAACCAGCAGGCUCCGGACCUCGUACGGUAAGAGUUGAAUACCUCUGCUAUAGACAGACAGGUUGCCUCCCACAAUGUACCGGCAUACACGUUGUAAUGGAAAUGACCAUCAAGGACUUAUCAAGUCAAUUAGUAAAUGAACUAUUAAGAUUCACGCCAGCGGAGCGGUUACAACAAACUCUGCACACUCAGUACAGGUCGGUAAGAAGCUCUACCAGGUGGCUGUCCCCGAGCACCUUUUGUACUAGGAUACACACAACUCACAUAAACACGAUUCAUCCUCAGCACAAGGGAGGAGGUUUGGGUGCGAAAGAGAAUGUGUAGCAAGACACCUGCUCCUGAUAAAGUUCUCAGAGGCUAUUUCUGGGCGUUCACCCAAGAAGCUCAAGGUUCUCUCUUGGGUAUUGUUUGCUAACACACACUGAAACUUCCUCCUCUUGUGAGCACAAAGGGAGGAAGUUAUAAAACAUGUAAUGUAUCAAAUAUGUAUUGCAUUAUAGCAACCAAUACACACAAUCAUAUAGCCAGGGUUAAACAAUUAAUAAACUUAUGUCAUAAUUUUUCCACCACAACAUCUGUACCAGUGGAGGCUGCUGAGGGGAGGAUGGCUCAUAAAUGGCUGGAACAGAGUUACUGGAAUGGCAUCAAACGUAUGGAAACCAUGUGUAUGACGUAUUUGAUACCAUUCCACUGAUCCCGCUCCAGCCAUUACCACGAGCCGUCCUCCCCAAUUAAGGUGCCACCAACCUGCUGUGAUCUGUACCUAAAGAAAGUCAGUAUGGCAUAGAGCAGGGGUGACAAACUCAUUCCAUGGAGGGCCUUGUAUCUGCAGGUUUUGGGUUUUUCCUUUCAAUUAAGCCCUAGACAACCAGGUGUGAGGAGUUCCUUACUAAUUAGUGACCUCAAUCAAGUAAAAGGGAGGAGUGAAAACCCACAGACACUUGGCCCACCGUAGAAUGAGUUUGACACGUGGCAUAGAGGAAAGGGCGGAGUUGGGACAUCCGGUGUUCCUACGUCACUGCCUUAUCCGCUUAUUGCCGUAGCACAGUGUUUCCCGAUUCCAGUCCUUGAGUACCCCAACAGUAAAAACAUUUAUUGUAGCCCCAGACAAGCAUACCUGAUUCAAAUUGUCAACUAAUCAUCAAGCCCCUUGAAAAUAAAAAAAUUAUGUACUCACUAACUGUAAGUCGCUCUGGAUAAGAGCGUCUGCUAAAUGACUAAAAUGUAAAAUGUAAUGAGUUGAAUGAGGUGUGUUUGUCCGGGUCUACAACGAAAAUGUGUACGGUUGGCGGUACUUGAGGACCGGAGUUGGGAAACACUGCCCUAGCACAAUGAGGGAGUUGCCUGUCACGUAAACGGGCAAAAGCAGUGAGGGAUGAGCGUCCUUCUCAAAUCGAACAGUAAUCUGCGCUUCUUGGUCAUGUUGUCAACAAGGCAUCAUGGUGCAUCGUCCAGAAACAUACAAAAUCUAUUUUCCAUAAAUAUGUUUGAAUUUUCAAAGUAGUUUUCAUUGGGAAGGCAGAUAGUGUUUUUAUCAAAAGCAAUCACUUUUGCAUGUGAAAACACUGAAUCCUACUCAUUAUUCCACAUGCUUAAUCUAGCCUAGGCAACUACACUUUUGUUUUGAGCUGACUUUGCCCUGGCUCACGCCAAGAGGCGGUUCCAAAACUAAUGCAAUCCCUUUUCACCCGGUGCAAACCACUCCCACCGGGACAACCCGGGCCAGAUAAUUUAAUCCCCUAAAUUCUUUCCCGCAUUUUAAGCCCCACCCACCCACAAUUGUGAGUUGUUGGGAGAGUUGUCUGUCUGAGGAGGACCCUCCCAGAACAAUGUAUUUUUCCCUUUUUGAAGUUACCAAUACAGUCCGUCAUUAAUCCCAGACCUAGUCACUGCUGUUGCCUAGGUCUGGGUUUCCGAGACUACCAGGAAGGUGACUUCCGCUCUACUCAAUCAAUACUUUAAAUACCUUGGACUACAAACCAAUAAGUUUACUUUACAUCUCAUAAUCAUAACAAAUACCUUAGCGAAGCCACCAUCACACCAAGCAUGGGGGAGAACGUGGAGUGGCGCUUGGGGCAAGAACUACAAAAACAACGAUAACUGAAUGAGCUGAAUGCAAGGCAAAAUAUGCUAGGACAGACGCAAAACUAUGAGCCAGCUCCAACCAGAGCUCCGCAGCUCAGACAUUUGCAGUUUGGACCGACAGCUUGUUUCUUGAACCAAAGCACCACGGACACACUCCUGCUCCCCAUGCUGUCCUAACAGAGGUGCUCGACGCCAAACACAGGUGGACUACAAGUUAUAAAGAGGCAGAUGGCGUGAACUGCAAGGAGAGAGAGACAGUAGUUAUGUAGGAUGCUCCAAUCACAGGAGGAGGGUGGUUAAAAUGUUCACACAAUUAAACACAGUUGGUUGGAGUGGAGGCUCAGUAGCUGGAGUUUCGAGUCCUGUAGGAUGGUUGUGGUAGGAAGGAAGGUUUCUGGUUUCUAGAAGGGAGAUACAAGCACAUAAAUUAGGAUACACAUAAUAUAAAAAGGACAUGCAUGAUAACCUCUACGGGAUCGGUGUCCCGUAUACGGGACAGUUGAGCUAAUGUGAUUAGCAUGACUGCUGUAAGUAACAGCACACUUUCCAGGACAUAGACAUGUCAUAUAUGGGCAGAAAGCUUAAAUUAUUGUGAAUCUCAGUGCACUGUCCAAUUUAGAGUAGCUAUUACAGUGAAGAAAUACCAUGCUAUUGUUUGAGGAAAGUGCACAACAACAAAAAACGUAUCACGGCAACUGGUUUGAUACACUCACCAUUGAAGAUAAAUAAUGUACUUUCAUUCAGUCAUCUUGCUCUGAUUUGUCAUUCUAAGGGUCCCAGAGAUAAAAUGUAGCAUAGUUUUGUUUGAUAAAAUCCAUUUUUAUAUUCAAAUGUAGGAACUGGGUUUUACAGUUUGAACCCUUGCUGUCUCUGGCUCCACACCCACCCCACCCGGCCAUCUAGAUGUGUGAACAUUAAUGUAUGAGCUAAUGAUCCAUCAUGUAUGACAUUCCUGGGAGUGUGUAAACUUACAUUUUGUAUUACCAUAUAAUUUUUGUAUGUUCUCUAUAGUUAUGUACUUGAAAAUGUAUUAAUUGACCAAUUCGCCACAUUUUGGCAGACUUGAUACAAAAUAGUCCAGUAUUGCAAUGCUUCACUGGAUCAAUCUGAAAAUUUGUACACACACUGCUGCCAUCUAGUGGUCAAAAUCUAAAUUGUGCUUAAACUGUAAUAUUAUAAUGUGGCUUUUCUCUUGCAUUUCAAAUAUGUAAAUAAAUAGAAAAUGUAUGUUUUUUUGUUUGUAUUAUCUUUUACCAAAUCUAAUGUGUUAUAUUCUCCUACAUUAAUUUCACAUUUCCACAAACUUCAAAGUGUUUCCUUUCAAAUGGUUUCAAGAAUAUGCAUAUCCUUACUUCAGGUCCUGAGCUCCAGGCAGUUAGAUUUAAGGCAAAAAUUGAAAAAAAGGGUCAGAUCCUUAAGAGGAUAAAGUAGUGGCAAAUGACAAAUAUGGAAGGAGAGUGCCAGAACUGAGCAAAACUGUAUAAUAGUGUACCCAAAGUGUGGAUGAGGAGGAUCCUAACUUAGUACUUGAAUAUAUUGCAGAUUCUGAAUGAAAGGGAAAACAUGUCUUGCCUUAAACAGUCUUGGUCAUAGUUGUCAGUUUAAUGCACUAAGAUUUUCAUGGGUAAAUUACACUUUUCAGAGAAAGGAGGUGCUAACCCAGCAACUUUUAGCCAUGUUGGUGCCACAAAAGCCCUUCCUUUCCAUAGGAGAGCAUCCUCACCUGGCUGAUAGUUUCAGCAGGAUCUAAAAGACAGGUCUGCUGGCGCACCUAGAGGAGCUGCUGGCGUUGGUCAGGUGGCCCACUCCCUUUUCAUAGUCUCCUGAGGGUUGGAGAACAAAAGGCACACUAUCAGGUUGGAUUAGAUGAGCCCAAAACGAAUAUAGAAAAUAAUGUUUUCCAAAAAAUUAUUUCUGUAAACUUCAAUCAGGCAACAGCCCCCUUACAGUCUCUGGUAUUGUCCCCUGAGGGAAUCUAAUUAUUCACUAUUGUAAAUCAUCUGACCAUGAUAACAUUUAAUUUUGAAAGUAAUAUGAGCGCCUCAAGAAGAAUGUGAAGCCCCUAGUAGAUCAUUUAGGUGGGUGGAAGCAAAGGGGAUUGUAACUGUGACCCACCUGCAAGCCAAAGCCAGGCCGGGCCGGGGUGAAGCUCUUGAUUCACCUGGCUAGACCAAGAGGUUAUGUGGUGGGAUCCAGCUGGGGCCACUAUGAAGGAGAUGGGAGACCACAUGGCACCUAGGGUGGAGGCAGGGAGAGAUGAAUGGGAGGGAAAGGGAGAGUGGGGUAUCUGUGUGUAGAGUGCUGUCAAUAUAAGGUCAAUUCAAAUGUGAGUGUGUGUGUCUCUGCCUGCCUGACAGCCUGUCAAUCAGUUGCUACUCAAAGCAUAGUCUACCUCAGUCAGUAGACCAUUGCAUGGGGAUGAACUUGGCUCUUACUUUGGCUGGCAGUCUUCUUCCUGGCCUCAGUGAUCAGUAUGUCCACUAACCCACAUCUACUAAUCAUAGACCAGGAGUAGGGCUGUGGCAGUCAUAACAUUUUGUCAGCAUUGUCAUGCAAAAGCCUGCUGGUCUCACGGUAAUUGACUGUUAGUUGACAUGAACACGUUUAGCAUCUCCAGGCCUCCAUGCAUACAAGCCGCUGAUGCGCACCUUUGGAACAGCUACAUAAAAAAAGUAUAAUAAGUCAAUUUAAUAUACACCAUCACAAUAAAUCCAUUAUUUAUUUUAGUCAGGUCAAAAAAAAAGCAAUAUGAAAUGAAGAAAAUGUAUUUCUGUUACAUCUCCCCUCUGGCUCUCUGAUUCGCCGGUCUACUGAGCCACCGGUCUGAGCGCACCACCUCGGCAACACCGAUGGAAUGGUAACCCAACGCACCCUAAUCACCUCCAGCGCACCUGCACCUCAUCAUCUCAUCACCACCCCUAUAUAGCCCUGGACUGUUCAGUUUUGUGUUGUGUGUGAUUGUUAGUGUCUUGUAGUGUACUAGCUCUUUGUUGUUCUCUUGCUCAGUGUUUAGUAAACCUUUACAUUGUUGAUUCCUGCGUCUGCAUCCUGCCUCUUCGUAUCCUCAGUACUCGUCACAAUUUCAGAUGAACAGAAUAUGAGUUGGCCAUUAUUUUAUAUGAUUUUAUAGUAAGAAGAAUAACUGAACUUAGCCACAAAAUAUCCUUUCUAUUUUAUUCUGCUAUGUUGAGCGUUAAAGCGAUAAUUUGAAACAGGACAUGUAUGUUAAAUUUAGAGUUAUUUGGCAACUUUACAUACAAAGCUUAGAAUGUCUUAGAAAUCAAAACAUAUACAGUGCAUUUGGAAAGUAUUCAGACCCCUUCCAUUUUCCACAUUUUGUCACGUUACAGCUUUAUUCUAAAAUGGAUAAAAUAAAAUCCUCAUCAAUCUAUACACAAUACCAAAUAAAAAUCCAGAAAAUCACAUUGUAGGAUUUUUAAUGAAUUUAUUUGCAAAUUAUGGUGGAAAAUAAGUAUUUGGUCAAUAACAAAAGUUUCUCAAUACUUUGUUAUAUACCAUUUGUUGGCAAUGACACAGGUCAAACGUUUUCUGUAAGUCUUCACAAGGUUUUCACACGCUGUUAUUUUGGCCUAUUCCCCCAUGCAGAUCUCCUCUACAGCAGUGAUGUUUUGGGGCUGUCGCUGGGCAACACGGACUUUCAACUCCCUCCAAAGAUGUUCUAUGGGGUUGAGAUCUGGAGACUGGCUAGGCCACUCCAGGACCUUGAAAUGCUUCUUACGAAGCCACUCCUUCGUUGCCCGGGCGGUGUGUUUGGGAUCAUUGUCAUGCUGAAAGACCCAGCCACGUUUCAUCUUCAAUGCCCUUGCUGAUGGAAGGAGGUUUUUACUCAAAAUCUCACGAUACAUGGCCCCAUUCAUUCUUUCCUUUACACGGAUCAGUCGUCCUGGUCCCUUUGCAGAAAAACAGCCCCAAAGCAUGAUGUUUCCACCCCCAUGCUUCACAGUAGGUAUGGUGUUCUUUGGAUGCAACUCAGCAUUCUUUGUCCUCCAAACACGACGAGUUGAGUUUUUACCAAAAAGUUAUAUGUUGGUUUCAUCUGACCAUAUGGCAUUCUCCCAAUCCUCUUCUGGAUCAUCCAAAUGCACUCUAGCAAACUUCAGACGGGCAUGGACAUGUACUGGCUUAAGCAGGGGGACAUGUCUGCACUGCAGUAUUUGAGUCCCUGGCGGCGUAGUGUGUUACUGAUGGUAGGCUUUGUUACUUUGGUCCCAGCUCUCUGCAGGUCAUUCACUAGGUCCCCCCGUGUGGUUCUGGGAUUUUUGCUCACCAUUCUUGUGAUCAUUUUGACCCCACGGGGUGAGAUCUUGCAUGGAGCCCCAGAUCGAGGGAGAUUAUCAGUGGUCUUGUAUGUCUUCCAUUUCCUAAUAAUUGCUCCCACUGUUGAUUUCUUCAAACCAAGCUGCUUACCUAUUGCAGAUUCAGUCUUCCCAGCCUGGUGCAGGUCUACAAUUUUGUUUCUGGUGUCCUUUGACAGCUCUUUGGUCUUGGCCAUAGUGGAGUUUGGAGUGUGACUGUUUGAGGUUGUGGACAGGUGUCUUUUAUACUGAUAACAAGUUCAAACAGGUGCCAUUUAUACAGGUAACGAGUGGAGGACAGAGGAGCCUGUUAAAGAAGAAGUUACAGGUCUGUGAGAGCCAGAAAUCUUGCUUGUUUGUAGGUGACCAAAUACUUAUUUUCCACCAUAAUUUGCAAAUAAAUUCAUAAAAAAUCCUACAAUGUGAUUUUCUGGACGUUGACGUGUACCUAUGAUGAAAAUGACAGGCCUCUCUCAUCUUUUUAAGUGGGAGAACUUUCACAAUUGGUGGCUGACUAAAUACUUUUUUUCCCCACUGUAUAUCCUGUUUCCAUUGAUCAUCCUUGAGAUGAUUAUACAAUUUGAUUGGAAUCCACCUGUGGUAAAUUAAAUUGAUUGGACAUGAUUUGGAAAAGCACACACCUGUCUAUAUAAGGUCCCACAGUUGACAGUGCAUGUCAGAGCAAAAACCAAGCUAUGAGAUCAAAGGAAUUGUCCAUAGAGCUCCGAGACAGGAUUGUGUUGAGGCACCGAUCUGGGGAAGGGUACAAAAAAAUAUCUGCAAGUUUGGAACCACCAAUACUCUUCCUAGAGCUGGCCGCCCGGCCAAACUGAGCAAUCGGGGGAGUAGGGCCUUGGUCAGGGAGGUGACCAAGAACCUGAUGAUCACUCUGACAGAGCUCCAGAGUUCGUCUGUGGAGUUGGGAGAACCUUCCAGAAGGACAACCGUCUCUGCGGCACUCCACCAAUCAGGCCUUUAUGGUAGAGUGGCCAGACGGAAGCCACUCCUCAGUAAAAGGCAUAUGCCAGCCUGCUUGGAGUUUGCCAAAAGGACACUAUAGGACUCUUAGACCAUGAGAAACAAGAUUCUCCGGUCUGAUGAAACCAAGAUUGAACUCUUUGGCCUGAAUACAUUUACAUUUACAUUUUAGUCAUUUAGCAGACGCUCUUAUCCAGAGCGACUUACAGUUAGUGAAUACAUUAUUUUUUUUUAAUUUAUUUUUUUAUACUGGCCCCCCAUGGGAAUCGAACCCACAACCCUGGCGUUACAAACGCCAUGCUCUAUCAACUGAGCUACAUCCCUGCCGGCCAUUCCCUCCCCUACCCUGGACGACGCUGGGCCAAUUGUGCGCCGCCCAUGAGUCUCCCGGUCGCGGCCGGCUGCUACAGAGCCUGGAUUCGAACCAGGAUCUCUAGUGGCACAGUUAGCACUGCGAUCAGUGCCUUAGACCACUGCGCCACUCAGGCCAAGCAUCAUGUCUGGAGGAAACCUUGCACCAUCCCUACAGUGAAGCAUGGUGGUGGCAACAUCCAUUUGAAUCCAUUUUAGAAUAAGGCUGUAAUGUAACAAAAUGUGAAGAAAGUCAAGGUGUGUGAAUACUUUCCAUGGCAUGGUUGGAGUAUAGGCUAUUGAUGAUUUGAGAAAAUAGCAAAAAGAAAGCUUGCACUCUGUUCCUUGCCUCAGGCUGCACAGCUGUUCUCUCAUCAAGUGAUCAUAUUUUCACCCAUCAGACUAUUCUCAAUUUAAUCUCGUCUUUGCUAAUAUGUCAAAUUAGUUUAGAUUUAGAUUGGUCCAUUAUCAAAACGUCAUCUGUAUGCACUCGAAUAGCGAAUGAAGGCUGCAUGCUCUCCCACUGGUCGGUUUUGUAGGCUACUUCGGUUUUAUAACGGAGCAUGUGCUUAAUCUCAGAAAUAAAUAUAUUUUUUUUAAAAUCACUCCACGCAUCAAUCACUGUUUGGGGAGCAUGCUCUCGCUGCCCCGACAGGGCUCUCCAAUCUUUUUCCUGCAGCUACCCAGUGCUUAAUUUGGGAACCAAGUGAAAUCUGUUUUGGAACAUCGAUAGUAACAUGUUUUUACAACGAAACAUAGGCUACAGUAUUUCACUAAACUGUUGACAGCCCGUCUGCGCACUCGAGAAAGGAAUAAAGGAGAGAGGGGAGGAGAUGGAAACGCAUGGUGGUGAGAUAUUCUGUAUAGCUAAUGUGUCACCUAAUUUAUUAUGAAAAUACACUGCUCAAAAAAAUAAAGGGAACACUUAAACAACACAAUGUAACUCCAAGUCAAUCACACGUCUGUGAAAUCAAACUGUCCACUUAGGAAGCAACACUGAUUGACAAUACAUUUCACAUGCUGUUGUGCAAAUGGAAUAGACAACAGGUGGAAAUUAUAGGCAAUUAGCAAGACACCCCCAAUAAAGGACUGGUUUUGCAGGUGGUGACCACAGACCACUUCUCAGUUCCUAUGCUUCCUGGCUGAUGUUUUGGUCACUUUUGAAUGCUGGCAGUGCUUUCACUCUAGUGGUAGCAUGAGACGGAGUCUACAACCCACACAAGUGGCUCAGGUAGUGCAGCUCAUCCAGGAUGGCACAUCAAUGCGAGCUGUGGCAAGAAGGUUUGCUGUGUCUGUCAGCGUAGUGUCCAGAGCAUGGAAGCGCUACCAGGAGACAGGCCAGUACAUCAGGAGACGUGGAGGAGGCCGUAGGAGAGCAACAACCCAGCAGCAGGACCGCUACCUACGCCUUUGUGCAAGGAGGAGCAGGAGGACCACUGCCAGAGCCCUGCAAAAUGACCUCCAGCAGGCCACAAAUGUGCAUGUCUGCUCAAACGGUCAGAAACAGACUCCAUGAGGGUGAUAUGAGGGCCCGACGUCCACAGGUGGGUGUUGUGCUUACAGCCCAACACCGUGCAGGACGUUUGGCAUUUGCCAGAGAACACCAAGAUUGGCAAAUUCGCCACUGGCGCCCUGUGCUCUUCACAGAUGAAAGCAGGUUCACACUGAGCACAUGUGACAGACGUGACAGAGUCUGGAGACGCCGUGGAGAACGUUCUGCUGCCUGCAACAUCCUCCAGCAUGACCGGUUUGGCGGUGGGUCAGUCAUGGUGUGGGGUGGCAUUUCUUUGGGGGGCCGCACAGCCCUCCAUGUGCUCGCCAGAGGUAGCCUGACUGCCAUUAGGUACCGAGAUGAGAUCCUCAGACCCCUUGUGAGACCAUAUGCUGGUGCGGUUGGCCCUGGGUUCCUCCUAAUGCAAGACAAUGCUAGACCUCACGUGGCUGGAGUGUGUCAGCAGUUCCUGUAAGAGGAAGGCAUUGAUGCUAUGGACUGGCCCACCCGUUCCCCAGACCUGAAUUCAAUUGAGCACAUCUGGGACAUCAUGUCUCGCUCCAUCCACCAACGCCACGUUGCACCACAGACUGUCCAGGAGUUGGCAGAUGCUUUACAUUUUACAUUUACAUUUUAGUCAUUUAGCAGACGCUCUUAUCCAGAGCGACUUACAGUUAGUGAAUACAUCUUUUUUUUUUUUAUACUGGCCCCCCGUGGGAAUCGAACCCACAACCCUGGCGUUGCAAACGCCAUGCUCUAUCAACUGAGCUACAUCCCUGCCGGCCAUUCCCUCCCCUACCCUGGACGACGCUGGGCCAAUUGUGCGCCGCCCAUGAGUCUCCCGGUCGCGGCCGGCUGCGACAGAGCCUGGAUUCAAACCAGGAUCUCUGGUGGCACAGUUAGCACUGCGAUGCAGUGCCUUAGACCACUGCGCCACUCAGGAGCAGCUUUAGUCCAGGUCUGGGAGGAGAUCCCUCAGGAGACCAUCCGCCACCUCAUCAGGAGCAUGCCCAGGCAUUGUAGGGAGGUCAUACAGGCACGUGGAGGCCACACACACUACUGAGCCUCAUUUUGACUUGUUUUAAGGACAUUACAUCAAAGUUGGAUCAGCCUGUAGUGUGGUUUUCCACUUUAAUUUUGAGGGUGACUCCAAAUCCAGACCUCCAUGGGUUGAUAAAUUUGAUUUCCAUUGAUCAUUUUUGUGUGAUUUUGUUGUCAGCACAUUCAACUAUGUAAAGAAAAAAGUAUUUAAUAAGAUGAUUUCAUUCAUUCAGAUCUAGGAUGUGUUAUUUUAGUGUUCCCUUCAUUUUUUUGAGCAGUGUAUAAAAAAUGCCCUAUUACUAGGCUAUACAAAUUGACUAAUUGUAGGCUAACAGUAAGCCGCCCUGCACAAUCAAUGAACCAACAGCAUCGCCUAGGGCUAUACGUUCUCUCCCAGACUCAUGAAUAUAUAUUUUGUAGCGUAUCAUACAUAAAUAAGAUAACCAGUCCAUCCUGUAUGCAUAAUAAUACAGUCCACACUCAAAGGUAGUUACUCGAAUUUCUUUAAUUUUGGAGUAUAAGCAUAUACCAAUUUUGUACCAAAGACAUCUUAAAUCAGUUUUGUUUUAUGUUUUUCUGCCAUGCUUAAUAUGGGGUAGGCUAUGUAUUUUAUAAUGGCAGAAUCAAUCAUUUUAAGUUGUAAAAAAAAUCGGACUUGUGCUCAUAAGCCUAUGCAUAAGCUCUAAUAUGGGUGUUUUGAACUAAUAAUCACCUUAGAAAGCGCUGUCCAUUUCGUUGUGUUAGGCUUUGAAACAACAUCCAUGUUUUACACUGUUUCAACCUGCUGUAGAAUUUCUUUCUUCAAUUUGAUCAUCACAGUGAGGUGAGUUUAAAAGUAUUAUAGGCCUACUGUUUUGAUGAUAUGUGUUUGAUGUGAUUUUCGAUUGCAUUUGCAUUGAUGUCAGAGUGGUUAGACGGACAAUAGAGCCCUGAGUACCAGGUCAUUAGGACCUGAUGGUCGUUAGCAAGUUGGAUACUACCAAAGCAUGUCCAGAGUGCAUAAAAGGAGAUUACUGUGACUCAACGGGUCACCGCAACAGCCCUAACCAGGGAAUCAAUCAGAAGUUAUAGAAAGGAUGAGGGCGAGAGAGAAUUCGCCAACAGAGGAGUGCUGAUGUAGAUUUGGGUCCACUCUGUCCAUAUAAUAGUAUUCAUUAUGAUCUUACCUUUUGCUAAUGCUUAGUCUGGAUUUUUCUGUUGGGUCAAAGUGGAUCCAGUACAUUCAUGAAAUAUGAAUUAGUACUGUAAAUCCAGACUAAAGCUAGCUAGCACUGUAGUAUAACCUAAUAUGGGAUACCUACUUGUACAGUGGGGCAAAAAAGUAUUUAGUCAGCCACCAAUUGUGCAAGUUCUCCCACUUAAAAAGAUGAGAGAGGCCUGUAAUUUUCAUCAUAUGUACACGUCAACUAUGACAGACAAAAUGAGAAAAAAAAAAUCAGAAAAUCACAUUGUAGGAUUUUUUAUGAAUUUAUUUGCAAAUUAUGGUGGAAAAUAAGUAUUUGGUCACCUACAAACAAGCAAGAUUUCUGGCUCUCACAGACCUGUAACUUCUUCUUUAAGAGGCUCCUCUGUCCUCCACUCGUUACCUGUAUUAAUGGCACCUGUUUGAACUUGUUAUCAGUAUAAAAUACACCUGUCCACAUCCUCAAACAGUCACACUCCAAACUCCACUAUGGCCAAGACCAAAGAGCUGUCAAAGGACACCAGAAACAAAAUUGUAGACCUGCACCAGGCUGGGAAGACUGAAUAUGCAAUAGGUAAGCAGCUUGGUUUGAAGAAAUCAACAGUGGGAGCAAUUAUUAGGAAAUGGAAGACAUACAAGACCACUGAUAAUCUCCCUCGAUCUGGGGCUCCAUGCAAGAUCUCACCCUGUGGGGUCAAAAUGAUCACAAGAACGGUGAGCAAAAAUCCCAGAACCACACAGGGGGACCUAGUGAAUGACCUGUUGAGAGCUGGGACCAAAGUAACAAAGCCUACCAUCAGUAACACACUACGCCGCCAGGGACUCAAAUCCUGCAGUGCCAGACGUGUCCCCCUGCUUAAGCCAGUACAUGUCCAUGCCCGUCUGAAGUUUGCUAGAGUGCAUUUGGAUGAUCCAGAAGAGGAUUGGGAGAAUGUCAUAUGGUCAGAUGAAACCAAAAUAUAACUUUUUGGUAAAAACUCAACUCGUCGUGUUUGGAGGACAAAGAAUGCUGAGUUGCAUCCAAAGAACACCAUACCUACUGUGAAGCAUGGGGGUGGAAACAUCAUGCUUUGGGGCUGUUUUUCUGCAAAGGGACCAGGACGACUGAUCCGUGUAAAGGAAAGAAUGAAUGGGGCCAUGUAUCGUGAAAUUUUGAGUGAAAACCUUCCAUCAGCAAGGGCAUUGAAGAUGAAACGUGGCUGGGUCUUUCAGCAUGACAAUGAUCCCAAACACACCGCCCGGGCAACGCAGGAGUGGCUUCGUAAGAAGCAUUUCAAGGUCCUGGAGUGGCCUAGCCAGUCUCCAGAUCUCAACCCCAUAGAAAAUCUUUGGAGGGAGUUGAAAGUCCGUGUUGCCCAGCGACAGCCCCAAAACAUCACUGCUCUAGAGGAGAUCUGCAUGGAGGAAUGGGCCAAAAUACCAGCAACAGUGUGUGAAAACCUUGUGAAGACUUACAGAAAACGUUUGACCUGUGUCAUUGCCAACAAAGGGUAUAUAACAAAGUAUUGAGAAACUUUUGUUAUUGACCAAAUACUUAUUUUCCACCAUAAUUUGCAAAUAAAUUCAUAAAAAAUCCUACAAUGUGAUUUUCUGGAUUUUUUUUCUCAUUUUGUCUGUCAUAGUUGACGUGUACCUAUGAUAUAAAUUACAGGCCUCUCUCAUCUUUUUAAGUGGGAGAACUUGCACAAUUGGUGGCUGACUAAAUACUUUUUUCCCCCACUGUAUGUGCUUCAGUAAAGCUGCACUCCAGAGGCCUCCUCCAGCCACAUCUGGAACUCCUAGACAGGCUGGCAGACAGGCAGGCAGGCAGACACACACAGUCACACACAGUUUGAGAGCUAAGCAAAAUAGACAAACGCAAAACAAAUGUUGCUAUUCAUAUGUUGCACCUCCUUCACUGGGUCACUUUAUGCCAUUGUUAUUAACGUUCUAAAGCUGCCCUCUGCUGGCGGCGUCAUAGUGGUGCCCAAAAAGUCCUGAUAGACAGACGAUAAUGACUGUUUAGUCUAAAUUACACUGCAGUUGCAUGGAUAUGAUGGCAUUGCUAAAGUAGGCAAAUGUUCAGUAGGAAACAACUUUGAUAUCAUUAUCAAGUUGUCGCUAGCCAUAGCUAGCUACCCUAGUGAUCAUAUAGCUUGCUAGCUAGCUAGUUGUCUGUGCUAGAAAUGAUAUAAUCAUGCUAGCUAAUUGUAUCAGUGCACCUUCCAAAAUUUGAAAUUACAGGACAAAAACGACACUUAGCUGAGGCUGUUCGUCUAUGUCCUCUUAGUUGUGAAUAUAGCUAGCUAGCUAGCUAAAAUAGUUCCCACAGACUUCUGCCCAAAUGCGCUGUGCGCAAUAGCCUGGGGAUGAGGUUACUAGCUAGCUAACUUUUUGCGAGGGAACGCAUAAUAUUUUGCGAGAGAAUACGAAACAUUUUGCGAGUGUCAUGGUACUGAUGUGGAGGUGAAGUCAGGCGCAGGACACAGCGGAUAAGUCAAAACAACUUUACUGAAGUAUUUGAACAAUAUACAAAAAUAAAUGGCCUCGAAACAACGGAGGCGAACUGAUACGCGAAAUGCGUAAAACAUUCAUAAAACAAAGUACCGAACCUCACAACAAAAGUGCUGUAGAGAUGGUUGUCCUUCUGGAAGGUUCUCCCAUCUCCCUAGAGGUACUCUGGAGCUCUGUCAGAGUGACCAUCGGGUUCUUGGUCACCUCCCUGACCAAGGCCCUACUACCCCGAUUGCUCAGUUUGGCCGGGCGGCCAGCUCUAGGAAGAGUCUUGGUGGUUCCAAACUUCUUCCAUUUAUGAAUGAUGGAGGCCAAUGUGUUCUUGGGGACCUUCAAUGUUGCAGAAUUUCUUUGGUACCCUUCCCCAGAUCUGUGCCUCAACAAUCCUGUAUCGGAGCUCUACGGACAAUUCCUUCGACCUCAUGGCUUGGUUUUUGCUCUGACAUGCACUGUCAACUGAGGGAUCUUAUAUAGACAGGCAUGUGCCUUUCCAAAUCAUGUCCAAUCAAUUGAAUUUACCACAGGUGGACUCCAAUAAAUUUGUAGAAUCAUCUCAAGGAUGAUCAAUGGAAACAGGAUGCACCUGAGCUUAAUUUCGAGUCUCAUAGAAAACGGUCUAAAUACUUAUGUAAAUAAGGUAUUUCUGUUUUUUUAUUUUCAAUACAUUUGCUAACAUUUCUAAAAACCUGUUUUUGCUUUGUCAUUAUGGGGUAUUGUGUGUAAAUUGAUGACAAUUUUUAUUUAUUUAAUCAAUUUUAGAAUAAGGCUGUAACAUAACAAAAUGGGAAAAAAUUCAAGGGGUCUGAAUACUUGCACAGUAGGUUGUAAUCUCAGCCAAAUAUUACAUAAUUAUCCACUUUGAAAUGACAUGGUGUGUCCUGUGGGAUGUAUCCAUGGCAUUUAAGAAUAAAUAAGAGCGGAUUGGAACUAGCUUUGUCAGACAGUGCACCAUGGCCUAUUGGAAAUUGAAGUCAGUUCCUCAAUUAGCUGCUGCGUUGGGAAUCUGAAUGGAAGAUCCAGCUGUUGAUUGAAACAUGGGGAGGGGGUGUUUCUGUAAGCGUCAUAAUGGCAACAGAGUUCUGUUAUUGAAAUGAAAGAACAUAGUUAGAGCCCUGGAUGAUGCAGCACAGGCAACGACACAGAACUGCACAUGCACAUGCACAAAGGCAUGCAACGCACGCACACACAUGCUCAGACAUGCACACACAUGCUCAGACAUGCACACAAACACACAAAUGUAUACAUCCACGGUGCCUCAGUCCCCUUUAGAAACAGUGAAGUGGAGCUGGAUUUAACCUCUUAAAGCUAUAUCUGUAUCCCCUCUAUCCAUUGCAAAUCCUACCCUGUGACACAAUCCCAGUCGACCUUACAGGCAAACUAUCAGAGGCAGCAACAAUGUCAGAGACCGAGACACAUGAACAGCUCAGGUGGAGAGAAGGGGAGAGAGAUAAGGGCGGCAGGUAGCUUAGUGGUUAAGAGUGUUGUGCCAGUAACUGAAAGGUCGCUGGUUCUAAUCGCUGAGCCGACUAGGUGAAAAAUCUGUCUGUGCCCUUGAGCAAGGCACUUAACCCUAAUUGCUCAUGUACGUAAAUCGCUCUGGAUAAGAGCGUCUACUAAAUGAAAAAAAAAAGUAUAUAUACAUAAUAUGACAUUGGUAAUGUCUUUAUUCUUUUGGAACUUCUGAGUGUAAUGUUUACUGUUAAUAUUUAUUGUUUAUUUCACUUUUGUUUACUAUCUACUUCACUUGCUUUGGCAAUGUUAACAUACGUUUCCCAUGCCAAUAAACCCUUACAUUGAAUUGAAUUGAUAAGGGAAGAAAACGAGAAGAAGGGAGACGGGUUUUGAGAGACCGGUGCUCCAGAGAACUGAGCCUGUGAAAUGUUUUACGACGGUGGAGAUGUUAAGAUGUUAAAUCAUAGCCAGUUCUGCUGAGGGCCAGAAUAAUCAUAAAACACAUAAAACAGAGCCACCCUGGCCACAGCAGAUUAGACGGACGUUAAUAAAGUUAAGAAUCGUCUUUCACUUACAGGGUUUAUAAUGCCACUUUCUGACCCAGAGCCAACCCAUUCCUUUGAUUAGAACUAAGAGGACUAAUGAUUUCAGAAACACCUGAGUUGACGUCAAAGCCUUAUGUUGAGUUGUAAUUCGUUUUCAUCCAAUUUAACAUUGAGUUAAUUUACAGUUAUGGUGCCACAGUCGUUGGGGAUAGUUCAGUGGCUGAAGGAACAUAAACUUUGCUUGAUUUAAAACCCAAUACACAGGAUUGAAGGCAUAGGGCAGAGGGGGUGAAAUGGGUUCAGCACUGAGCUAUAUACUGUAACAUAAUUCAAAAAGUACAAGGCAUUACUCAUAUAGAACCUUUUAUUUCAAAAUGAAAUAUGUAAAGUGCAUACAGUGCCUUCAGUGAGUAUUCAUACCCCUUUACUUAUUCCACAUUUUGUUGUGUACAGCCUGAAUUCAAAAUUGAUGUUUUUUCUCACCUAUCUACACACAAUACCCCAUAAUGACAAAGUUAAAACCUGUUUUUAGAUAUUUUUGCAUAUGUAUUGAAAAUGAAAUACAUAAAUAUCUAAUUUACAUAAGUAUUCACAUAACUGAGUCAAUACAUGUUAGAAUCAACUUUGGCAGUGAUUACAGCUGUGAGUCUUACUGGGUAAGUCUCUAAGACCUUUGCACACCUGGAUUGUAAAAUAUUUGCACAUUAUUCUUUAAUAAAUUCUUCAAGCUCUUUCAAGUUGGUUGUUGAUCAUUGCUAGAUAGUCAUUUUCAAGUCUUGCCAAAGAUUUUGAAGCUGAUUUAAGUCAAAACUGUAACUAGGCCACUCAGGAACAUUCAAUGUUGUCUUGGUAAGCAACUCCAGUGUAUAUUUGGCUUUGUGUUUUAGGUUAUUGUCCUGCUGAAAGGUGACUUUGUCUCCCAGUGUCUGGUGGAAAGCAGACUGAACCAGGUUUCCUCUAGGAUUUUGCCUGUGCUUAGCACUACUAGUUUUCUUGCUGAUGACAAGCAUACCCAUAUUUUGAUGCAGCCACCACCAUGCUUGAAACCAUGAAGAGUGGUACUCAAUGAUGUGUUGUCUUGGAUUUGCCCCAAACAUAACGCCUCGUAUUCAGGACAUGAAGUUAAUUUCUUUGCCACAUUUUUUGCAGUUUAACUUUAGUGCCUUAUUGCAAACAGCUUCCUUCUUUUCACUCUGUCAUUUAGGUUAGUAUUGUAGAGUAACUAGAAUGUUGUUGAUCCAUCCUCAGUUUUCUCCAAUCACAGCCAUUAUUAAACUCUAUAACUGUUUUAAUGUCAUCAUUGGCCUCAUGGUGAAAUCCCUGAGUGGUUUCCUUCCUCUCCGGCAACUGAGUUAGUGUGUCACGUUCGUUUAAGGACGGGUCAGACCAAGGCGCAGCGUGAAAUACGUACAUGUUUACUUAACCGAUAAACACACGACAAAACAACAACCGAAACGUGAAGUCCUAAGGCUGACCACUAAACAAGCCUCAACACGGAACAAGUUCCCACAACUAACGAGUGCCAAUAGGCUGCCUAAGUAUGAUCCCCAAUCAGAGACAACGAGCGACAGCUGCCUCUGAUUGGGAACCACACCGGCCAACAUAGAUCUACACAUACUAGAUCAUACACAACAUAGAAUAUUCACACCCUGACUCAACAUGUCAGGGCGUGACAUAGUGAGGGCGCCUGUAUCUUUGUAGUGACUGGGUGUAUUGAUACAACAUACAAAGUGUAAUUAAUAACUUCACCAUGCUUAAAGGGAUAUUCAAUGUCUGCUUUUCUAUUUUUACCCACCUACCAAUAGAUGGGUGAGGCAUUGAAAAACCUCCCUGGUCUUUAUGGUUGAAUCUGUUUGAAAUUCACUGCUUGACUGAGGGACCUUACAGAUAAUUGUAUGUGUGGGAUACAGAGAUAAGAUCAUGUUAAACACCAUUAUUGCACACAGAGUGAGUCCAUGCAACUUAUUAUGUGACUUGUUAAGCAACUCUUUCCUCGUGAACUUAUUUAGGCUUGCCACAACAAAGGGUUUAAUACUUAUUUCAGCUUUUCAUUUUUAAUUAAUUUGUAAACAUUCCACUUUGACAUUAUGGGGUAUUGUGUGUAGGCCAGUGACACAAAAUGUGAAUUUAAUCCAUUUCUAAUUCAGGCUUUAACACAACAACAUUUGGAAAAAGUGUGAAUACUUUCUGAAGGCAUUGUAUGUCAAGUGUCAAAGUGUGUGUUUGUGUGUGGUGUGGUGUGAAUGUAUGUCAAACUAUCUUCCCUCCUUUACUUUCAGUUUGGUACUUCUUUGACAAAUAAAUAGUGCACAUUUAUGGAGGUGCAUCCAAUGGCGAUUUUAGCAUGUCAAUAUUGGUGGGGAAAACUCAACCAAUUUCUUUUAAUGCAUGCCAACGAUGCCACUAAACAAUACAUUAAAUGCACUGUAACGGUGACAAACAGUGCCCACAAACUGUUAGGGCCUACAUAAAGCUGUCCCGACAGCAGAGCUUUCCUUUCAGCAUCAUGCAUGUAGUGAAUCCUUACCACCGCUACACCUGGCUAUCAGCAGACCCUCGUCUGGCAGCGAAACAGUUCAGCACUUUCGAAAUGGACAGAGACAGAAAUUCAGUUCAGAUGAAUUCAGCAAGAUAUUGAGGCCUUAACUUUACUCUUCUUUAAGUCAGAGAGAGAGAGAGAGAGAGAGAGAGAGAGAGAGAGAGAGAGAGAGAGAGAGAGAGAGAGAGAGAGAGAGAGAGAGAGAGAGAGAGAGGGGAACUUUUUGUUGAACAAAAAUAUUUGAAGGGGAAAAUACUGUCACUGGCAAACAUGGUUACAGACCAAACAACAUUAUAUAGUAUCCCCUCCUCGUGGAAAAAAGCACAUGAGAUAAUUAUAAUACACAAAGUAACCAAAACAAUUAAAUGCAUAAUUUUAUCUUUGCCUAAAAUGAUUAAUGAGAUAGGCCUAAAUAUAAGCAAUAUAACAAUGGAGAUUUACAAACUACGGCAUAAGGGAGCGAUAAGCAGAUAAGAGGCAAGCCGUAAUUUUAACAUGAGCAAGCUGAGACGGAUAUAGCCUAUAUGCCUAUUCGUUCAUCACUUUUGAAAUGGACAGCAACAGAACUCAGAACAUGGGCCAUUCUUCUCCCUGUACACCAAGUCAGAACCGUAGGAUAAAUAACGUGGCCAUAUAAGCAGACAAUGAAAGCUCUUACAAUAUUCGAUGAUGACAUUCCUCUAAAACAGGCUAUGGCUACAUGUGCACCACCAAGUCAGCACAGUAGGCUAAGUUCUGAGGGGGAAAGGGACCAAAUUCUUAGGGUGAGACACAUGGGAUACUAACAGCUUACCUACUAUACAACAUACACUUACAGUAACUUUCUUAGCUACAGUAUACAUACUGUAUCUCUCUGGCAUCUUACAUCACUUGUGCAGCAGCAUACAAUACAUUUUGGACUCGGUGUUGUGCUCACUUGAACAGGAAGGUGGCGCGGCGGUCCUUCUUGUGGGCAAACUUCCCAAUGACUUUGUCAUCAAAGUCUUGCAUUCAAUGGAGGAACUUGACGUCAUGCUGGAUUGACAGCAUGGCCAAUGCAUACCUUUUCUUCCCAUGGUGUUGCGUGUAAAGGUUUUUAUCUUUUUAAGGGUGUUCGUUUUGGAUCAUACUUGAUGUAGGUUACCCUUGAAAAGGGGUUGGUCGUCAUAAUGCCUUUGUAGCCUGUCAUCUCCUUCACGCAUGGUCUCAAAAAUACACCUGAAAAUGCCUGGGCAGGAGUCGGCCGACUCGUCAUGGCACCGCAGUGCUGUCUCACAAUUGCCACACAAUUUAAUGCAUACUAUAAUUAUAGCAAGCACGUACCAAUUCUUCUCCAUUUGUUGGUUGUGAAGGUCAUGGCUCGUCUAUAUGCGGUGUCUAGCUGAGCCACAAUGUUUGAUUUCACCAGUAAUCCGAGAUUAACAGCGUUGUCUAUAUGUGAUGCACAAUUCUCAUGUUUUGAGACCCUUUCAGACAGAUGUUUUGCAUCCUUAAACCCAGACUUAGACCACACACCUCUCCACUGAAUAGCAGGCAGGGGAAGCAAAAUAGUGAUUGCUUUGUGACUCUCGCAGUUAGCCACUGCUUCCUUCCAAAACGAUCAUUGUUGAAUUUGCGAUUUCCGACUUGUUGUGUAAUGUUUAUGUCCAAUGGCCAAUGAGCACCGAGACGUUUUAUCUCUAAUUUCUCUUCAUAUGACAAGGAUUGAAAAGGGUUUGCCAGCAGAUUGUCGACGUGUUUCAUGAUGAUGACUGCUUAUCUAGCUAGCUAGCUUUUGAAGGUAUGAUGAAAGUAUGAUGUUGACAUGAUCAGUCCAAUCAAAACUACAAGAGAUACACUGUAACGUGAUUUGACAAGUUGUUACAUUUCUCCAGGCCCAUUCCUGAGUGGUUUACCAAACAUUUUACAUUUUUGUCAUUUAGCAGACGCCCUUAUCCAGGAGCAGAUUUUUCACCUAGUCGGCUCGGGGAUUCGAACCAGCGACCUUUCGAUUACUGGCCCAAUGCUCUUAACCGUUAGGCUACCUGCCACCCAACCCAAGUGGCGGUGUGUCCACAUUGUUAUUUUUGAACUGCAGAUGGUCCCUUUAAGCACUUGUAAAGAGUUAGUGAAGUUAUGUCUCCUCAGAUCUAUAAAAAUGUAUCUCAUGACCAAUUCAGGUUCCCUCUUAGAACAUUUUGAUUUUAUUGCUGUGAGGGGGAAAGGUGAAGCGAGGCGAUGUGUGGUGACACUUCAAAGGCCAGGGGCUGUAGUGGGGUAUGGUUGCGGUGGGGUGAGGUUGCGUGAGGUAAGGGUGGAGGUUGGGGUGGGUUGGUAGGAUACAGGAUCAUGUUUCUUUCAGGAAACAGACAGGGCAUGAAUAUGGAGCAGGGGAUGCUCGAGUGAGACCUUGUCUGAUGCCAAGAGAAGGCUGGGUGAGGGUCAGGGAGAGUGGGGGGGAGCGAGAAAGAGAGAGACAGACAUAGAGAGAGAGAGAGAGAGAGAGAGGGGGGGGGGGGAGAGGGGGGUAGAAAGGGGGAGAAUAGAGAGAGACCGGUGAUAUUGGACAGACAGACAGGACAGGAGAGGUCCGAAAAAAUGUAUGCACUCACUACUGUAAGUCGCUCUGGAAAAGAGUGUCUGCUAAAAUGGCAAAAAAAAAAAAAAAGAAGAGGAUUCUGUGCCUACAUGGUCUCCAGCUCAUGCAUUUAUUGAUGCAUAAUUACAAUGAUACCAGAUGGGACACAGUGCAAAUCAAAGAAUGACUUAUUUGCAGUCUUUUUAUCAAGAUUUGAAUAAAAGUCUCCCUCUUGUCUGUCCAUUGAGUAACAUAGGCAUCUUUAAAUUAUCUGAAACAUCCACACAUCUGAACUACUAUGUAUACUGAACAAAAAUAUAAACGCAAGAUGUAAAGUAUUGGUCCCAUGUUUCAUGAGCUGAAAUAAAAGGUCCCAGAAAUGUUCCAUAAGCUUCUUUCUCAAAAAUGUGUUUACAUCCCUGUUAGUGAGCAUUUCUCCUUUGCCAAGAUAAUCCAUCCACCUGACAGAUAUGGCAUAUCAAGAAGCUGAUUAAACAGCCUGAUCAUUACACAGGUGCAUCUUGUGCUGGGGACAAUAAAAGGCCACUCUAAAAUGUGCAGUUUGUCACACAACACAAUGUUACAGAUGUCUCAAGUUUUGAGGGAGCGUGCAAUUGGCAUGCUGACUGCAGGAAUGUCCAUUAGAGCUGUUGUCAGAUAAUUGAACGUUAAUUUCUCUACCGUAAGCCGCCUCGUUUUAGAGAAUUUGGCAGUACGUCCAACCAGCCUCACAACCGCAGACCACGUGUAACCACGCCAGCCCAGGACCUCCUCAUCCAACUUCUUCACCUGCGGGAUCGUAUGAGACCAGCCACCGAACAGCUGAUGAAACUGAGCAGUAUUUCUGUCUUUAAUAAAGCCCUUUUGUGGGGAAAAACUGAUCCCAGGCCCACCCAUGGCUGCGCCCUGCCCAGUCAUGUGAAAUCCAUAGAUUAGUGCACAUUUAUUUAUUUCAAUUGACUGAUUUCAUUAUAUGAACUGUAACAUUUCUGAAAUUGUUGCAUGUUGCAUUUAUAUUUUUGUUCAGUAUACAUAAUUUGUGAAUUGCAAAACUUCGGUGACUUUUUCAGUGAUUGUUAUUUCGUUGAUGCCACACGGUUCACUGAUCAAACAAUCACUCCUACUAGUUUCUGAACCGCCAAAUCUUCUGCAUCCAUAUUUUAUGUAGAAGUUGACUAUCCAGAGAAUAAUAAUCCAUCCAGAGAAGGCAGAUACAGCCAUAUGCAAAAAUAUAUGUUACCCCCUCCAGCCCAGACUGAUAAAGACCCACAGAGGGCUGCACUUUCUGCUGCCUGUUAUAUUCAGGACGACAGGGCAGGCAGCACCGGUCCUGCUGCAGAUACUGUCCUAUCUCCAGCCCCAUCUCCCUCUUGGUCACACUGUGCCAGACAGACCAGAACCUGCAUUAAAAAUAACCAGAAUAGAAUAUCAAUGGAGGUGAAACAUGUCUGCAGGUGGAUGCAGCCAGGGAAACAUUGCAUCAUUUCAAUACUUUUGGCCAGAGCCGUAUACAAAGAAAUAGGUAACAACCAGAAAUAUAACAACAAAACGUAACAACCAGAAAUAUAACAACAAAAGCUAAGACCAGCUUUGGGAGAAUGGUACAGUGUGUGUGGGCAUGCGUGAAUGUGUGUCACCAGGCUCUUGUAUGAACAGACCCCCUAGGGUUCUCUGCUCCUCUGCUAACGAGAUGCUUGACUAACAAGCUGGAGUUUAACAUAAGAGCAUUGACAUGUGAGGUCACACCUUGUCACAAUUAUGGACAUGUGAAAAAGGACUCACAUGCUUGAGAACGUACCAUACAACAUGCAUCAAACACAUGCUCCUGGCCUGGUCUCAAUGGAGCCCACACAGGGUUGUCAUUAAAAGUGAAGUUGUUAAAUGUGGGAAUAUCAUUAAAGUGAUUGUAUUUGCAUUUCAAGUAGGCCCAACUUCCUGCCUUUAUACUAACACAAUUAACACAGUACAAUGAAUGGGCAAGAGGGGGGGCCAAAAACUGAGUUACACUAAUAACAAAUGAAUAUAUCUCAAACCGGAAAAUAAAUCAUAAAGGUACGUACCUAAUAUUUCAUCAUAUACAUUAAUAUUUAAUAUAUUUACACAAAUGUACAUGGAGCUCAGUAUGUUCAGUCUUUUAUACAAAAUAUGCCCAAAUCGGCUCUAACAGUGAUAGUAAGUCAGCAGCUAAACGUAGUAUUGUCUGGCUGGGUCAGCCAUCAGGCCCGGUGCUCAUAUUAAAAUGCACAGUGCAUUAAAUGAUCAACAUCAGUGGUGGAGUAGAUCAUGUGCUGAAGAGAAUAUUUGGUGCUUAGCAGCGAUCAAAGAAGUGGACGCCAGCCAGGCAACUAAUGCAGAACUGGAACCAGAUACACUUUUUAUCCUGUUGAAGUGGACAGAUUUAUAAUUGCAGAGUGUAAUGGACUUAUGCUACUCAAUAAAGUUCAGAGAGCAUCCACUGCAGUGUGCAGUGUGUAGUGAAUGAAAGCAGAGCAGAGCUACCCCCUCUUCUCUCCACCUUGGCCCCUCUGAUCAGAUCCAAUAUAAGUUUGCUAGGACCAGAGAGAAGCUAAUUUAAGCUCCAGUCCAUUCUAACUCUAAUAAAUGUUUACUUCUAUGAUAACCCUGCUCUCAUCCCUGUUUCUCUCAUUAUGCUAUCUUGAAUAAUUUUUCCUCAGCCUUGAGAGAGAGGUUGUCCAGGUCAGUAUACCUCUACGACCGUUUUAUGCCCACCUUCCAUUACCAGUUACGGUGCCGGUGCUAUAAACGUGCAGUGAUAUUCAUCAUUGUUAUGAUUGUGUGACAGGGUCGGCUCUCUCUGCCUGGGAUGCAGGCUUGUAAAGAGCAGUCAGAGUGAACCGGACGUCUUUUAUGAGUCUGUAAUUGCCUAAUUGGCAGGGGGGAGAAAGCAGUGCUGUCUAGUGAAUGGAUGGCCAAUAAGGUGUGUGUGUGUGGGCAGUGAGUCUGUGUGUGUGUUCCCCAGGGUAAGGGCUGUUUUCUGCUCCACUCUCAUUGUUACAGUACCAGGUCCUGUGUGAUUCAUUCACCCCACUGUCUCCUAUCUCACAGCCCAGUAAACUAUCAACCCAAAUUGCCCACCGUUGUAUGAAAAUCAACUCCAAACAAUAAUUUGCCUGGGCAUUGCUCGAUGUUCACCUCCCCUUUUUCUGCAUGCUCCUCUUCCCAGGAGCCCCUGUGUCUCCUUUGCUGCUUUCACAAGCACAAUAAUAAUAGCUCAAAGACCAUUAGACCUAUACAUAAUUUCUCCACUGUCAAUCAGCUCUUUUAUAUAUUGCAUUAGAUUUUCCCAGUAGGGCUGUGCGGAAGGUAGACGGUAGAGAGGGCGAGCAGAGCUGUAAACAGCAUGUCUUCCUGUCUAGAUUAUCUAUGCUCCUUUUAGGCAGCACUCGAGGCUUGUUUUGUUUAAUAGAAGGCAGAUUAAUGAAUGAAGGAGAGAGAUCCACUAAUGGAGCAGCGAUCAGGAGAUUGAUAUCAGAAAGGUCCCCGUCCUCCUGUCUUCCCUCCAUUCUUCUGAAUGCUUUUCUUCCCUUCUUUCUUUUUUUUUUGUGUCUGUCAGUCUGGCAACAAGUAAACAAGAACAUCAUUCCACGACAUGAAGCAUCUCUAAAGAGCACAAUGAUCCUGUAGGUUUACUGUCCGAGACCUUUUUAUCAGACAAUGGAUGACAGAACUAUACAGAGUUCUGCUGCUUAGAGGUACAUUAUAUCCACCUCGUUUUUGAACAUUGCUAUGGGCACAGCCAAACAACGGAAGUGAUGGAUUCGACUUCUGCUUGACAUCCCUACUGCAGCGCUCCGUUGGCAAACUUGGAGUCAAUUUAUAGUUUCAAAGCCAAGUAAACAAGUGUACACGUGUAAUUUAUAUUUAUUUAAUUCAAGUUCGCUAAUGUUAGCUAGACCUAGUAGUUAUGUUGUGAUAAUAACGUUAGUUGUGUUGUGUCAGAGUUAAGGGCCAUCCACCAAGCUGAUAACUAUAAAGAUAACUAUAAUGAUAAAAUAUAGGCUACAUACAGUGCAUUCGGAAAGUAUUCAGACCCCUUCACUUUUUCCACAUUUUGUUACGUUACAGCCUUAUUCUAAAAUGGAUUUUUUUUAAAUAACAUAAAUCGACACACAAUACCCCAUAAUGACAAAGCGAAAACAGGUUUUUAGACAUUUUUGCAAAUAUAUAUAUAUAAAAAGAAAAAAAAAGAAAAUACCUUACAUAAGUAUUCAGACCUUUGCUAUGAGACUCGCCAUUUAGAUCAGGUGCAUCCUGUUUCCAUUGAUCAUCCUUGAGAUGUUUCUACAACUUGAUUGGAGUCCACCUGUUGUAAAUUCAAUUGAUUGGACAUGAUUUGGAAAAGCACACACCUGUCUAUAUAAGGUUCCACAGUUGACAGUGCAUGUCAGAACAAAAACCAAGCCAUGAGGUCAAAGGAAUUGUCCGUAGAGCUCCGAGACAGGAUUGUGUCGAGGCACAGAUCUGGGGAAGGGUACCAAAAAAUGUCAGCAAGAACACAGUGGCCUCCAUCAAUCUUAAAUCAAAGAAGUUUGGUACCACCAAGACUCUUCCUACCGGCCAAACUGAGCAAUCGGGGGAGUAGGGCCUUGGUCAUGGAGGUGACCAAGAACCCGAUGGUCACUCUGACAGAGCUCCAGAGUUCCUCUGUGGAGAUGGGAGAACCUUCCAGAAGGACAACCAUCUCUGCACCACUCCACCAAUCAGGCCUUUAUGGUAGAGUGGCCAGACGGAAGCCACUCCUCAGUAAAAGGCACAUGGAGUUUGCCAAAAGGACACUAAAGGACUCUCAGACCAUGAGAAACAAGAUUCACUGGUCUGAUGAAACCAAGAUUGAACUCUUUGGCCUGAAUGCCAAGCGUCACGUCUGGAGGAAACCAGGCACCAUUCAUCACCUGGCCAAUACCAUCCCUACGGUGAAGCAUGGUGGUGGCAGCAUCAUGCUGUGGGAUUGUUAUUCAGAGGCAGGGACUGGGAGACUAGUCAGGAUCGAUUUGCAAACAUAUUUUUGCUUUGUCAUUAUGGGGUAUUGUGUGUACAUUGAUGAGGGGGAAAAGCUAUUUAAUCCAUUUUAGAAUAAGGCUGUAACGUAACAAAAUGUGGAAAACGUGAAGGGGUCUGAAUACUUUACGAGUGCACUGUAAAUAUAAAACUUUGAUUUGCAUCCACGCUCCAUCCUCAAAUCUGGCGGCUUAUCCAUUGAAAAAGUGUCAUCCUGCAAAUACCUAGGUAUAUGGUUAGAUGUCAAGUUCAUAUGGAUAAUCUUGUGAGGAAGCUUAAAUUGAAAUUGGGUUUUUAUUUUCGUAGUAAGGCUUGCUUACCGUUUAUGGCUAGAAAGAAGCUUGUUCAGGCCACUUUUCUCUCUGUAAUUGAUUAUGGUAUGAAAAAUGAAUGCACUCACUAACUGUAAAUCGCUCUGGAUUAGAGCGUCUGCUAAAUGACUAAAAUGUAAAUAUAAAUGGUGACUUGUUGUAUAUGCAUGCAACCUCCUCUGUCUUACAGAGACUGGACUCUGUUUAUCAUGCAUCUUUGCACUUCAUUACAAAUGCCAAGUCACACACCCACAAUUGCACCUUGUACCAAAUGGUGGGUUGGACCUCACUUUACAUGCGCAGAAAGCUACAUUUGUAUGUGUCAUCUACAAAGCCCUUUUGGGUAAACUCCCUCUUUACCUCUGUAGUCUGGUCUCCUUCUCCACCAGCAGUUACCAUACCCGGUCUGCUAGGUGGUUGCUACUUAAAGUCCCCAGGACAUUUACAGUAUUAGGCAAGACUGCCUUCUCGUCUUGUGCACAAGAGGCAUGGAAUAGUUUACAAUCCAUGCUUCAUCUAGAUAUGUUAUUGCCACUGAAUUAAUUAAACAUUUUGACUCUGUUACAUGUUGUUGAAUUAUAUUGUAUUGUUGUAUGUUUUAAUUCUGUAAUGUAUUGAUUGUUGCUGCCUUCUUGUCCAGGUCUCCCUUGAAAAAGAGACUGAGUCUCAAAGGGAUUUUCAAUGUAAAAAAAACACCUGUCAAUCAACUGAUCAACGCAUCCUACUGCAUGCUGCCUAUUAACACAAGACCAUUCAUAGCUUUGGGACACAACAUCGGGAGUCUGUGUAUUGGUGUCCCAAAGCUAGACAGUUCAGUACUUUCAGGGUUCAUUGUCAUAGCGACAACUGCAAAUAAUACUUCAAUGAACAUGUAGGCCUAAUGAAAAAUUAUAUAGUAACUCGUAUUUAAAUGUAGCAAUUUAACUACAAACACUGUUUAGUAUAUUUUACAGCAUGUCGUUGCCUCGUUGCUCAAGUGGUUUGCAAGUGAUCUCCAUUUUUCUAAUGGUUGUCAAUUCCUUUGGGUCUUAUUUUUCACUGUGCUCAUCUCUCUGUAUGUCCUGUGUUAUUUGCAACGCAUCAGUGCAACAAUGUUAUCAUAACAGGCCAAAAGUGAUCACACCAAUGCACUUUCUCAACUCAACUUUCCCCAACAUGCAUUUUCUAUGCUGUAGCCUAGGCCUGUUUUACAUUCAGCAAAUUACAGUGUCUUGCAAAAGUAUUCAUCCCCGUUGGCGUUUUUGCUAUUUUGUUGCAUUACAAGCUGUAAUUUAAAUAGAUUUUUAUUUGGAUUUCAUGUAAUGGACAUACACAAAAUAGUCCAAAUUGGUGAAGUGAAAUGACAAAAAUAACUUGUUUCAAAAAAUUCUAGAAAAAACAUUACGGAAAAGUGGUGCGUGUGUAUGUAUUCACCCCCUUUGCUAUGAAGCCCCUAAAUAAGAUCUGGUGCAGCCAAUUACCUCCAGAAGUCACAUAAUUAGUUAAAUAAAGUCCACCUGUGUGCAAUCUAAGUGUCACAUGAUAUGUCACAUGAUCUCAGUAUACACCUGAUCUGCAACACCACUAAGCAAGGGGCACCACCAAGCAAGCGGCACCAUGAAGAACAAGGAGCUCUCCAAACAGGUCAGGGACAAAGUUGUGGAGAAGUACAGAUCAGGGUUGGGUUAUAAAAAAAUAUCAGAAACUUUGAACAUCCCACAGAGCACCAUUAAAUCCAUUAUUAAAAAAUGGAAAGAAUAUGGCACCACAACAAACCUGCCAAGAGAGGGCCGCCCACCAAAACUCACGGACCAGGCAAGGAGGGCAUUAAUCAGAGAGGCAACAAAGAGACUAAAGAUAACCCUGAAGGAGCUGCAAAGCUCCACAGCGGAGAUUGGAGUAUCUGUCCACAGGACCACUUUAAGCCGUACACUCCACAGAGCUGGGCUUUACAGAAGAGUGGCCAGAAAAAAGCCAUUGCCUAAAGAAAGAAAUAAGCAAACACAUUUGGUGUUCGCCAAAAGGCAUGUGGGAGACUCCCCAGACAUAUGGAAAAGGUACUCUGGUCAGAUGAGACAAAAAUUGAGCUUUUUGGUCAUCAAGGAAAACGCUAUGUCUGGCGCAAACCCAACACCUCUCAUCACCCCGAGAACACCAUCCCCACAGUGAAGCAUGGUGGUGGCAGCAUCAUGCUUUGGGGAUGUUUUUCAUCGGCAGGGACUGGGAAACUGGUCAGAAUUGAAGGAAUGAUGGAUGGCGCUAAAUACAGGGAAACCCUUGAGGGAAACCUGUUUCAGUCUUCCAGAGAUUUGAGACUGGGACGGAGGUUCACCUUUCAGCAGGACAAUGACCCUAAGCAUACUGCUAAAGCAACACUCGAGUGGUUUAAGGGGAAACAUUUAAAUGUCUUGGAAUGGCCUAGUCAAAGCCCAGACCUCAAUCCAAUUGAGAAUCUGUGGUAUGACUUAAAGAUUGCUGUACACCAGCGGAACCCAUCCAACUUGAAGGAGCUGGAGCAGUUUUGCCUUGAAGAAUGGGCAAAAAUCCCAGUGGCUAGAUGUGCCAAGCUUAUAGAGACAUAGCCCAAGAGACCUGCAGCUGUAAUUGCUGCAAAAGGUGGCUCUCCAAAGUAUUGACUUUGGGGGGGGGGGGCGGGGGGGGGGGGGGGGGGGGGGGGGGGGGGGGGGUAAAUAGUUAUGCACGCUCAAGUGUUCUGUUUUUUUGUCUUAUUUCUUGUUUGUUUCACAAAAACAAAUAUUUUGCAUCUUCAAAGUGGUAGGCAUGUUGUGUAAAUCAAAUGAUACAAACCCCCCAAAAAUCCAUUUUAUUUCCAAGUUGUAAGGCAACAAAAUAGGAAAAAUGGCAAGGGGGGUGAAUACUUUCGCAAGCAGAAGCCUGCUUCUUUCCCUGAAUAGUCUAUUAGGCCUAGUAUAAAAAAAUUACAUACAUGUCCUAUAGCUUUUGUAGCCUAUAGCUUUUCCUUUGAUUUCACAAAAAGAGGCUUGUAUAGCCUGUAGCCUAUUUCGCACGGGAACAGCAGGAAGAGAGAGGCUAGUGAUGUGUAGCCAAAAUAAGAAGUUAAAUAUUAGCUAGAUAUUACGCCAUUCAUUAGCUAAAUAUUAGGGCUAUAGGCUAAAUAUUUAUCUGUCAAAGUGCAAGAAAAACAGUUUACAGAUUAUGAAAUGACAGAUCUGUAGUGCGUUUCUUCCUCUGUGGUCCCCGGGCAUGCAAAGCUCCGAUCAGACCUAGGUCUACGUAGACAAUACAUUUAUUAUAACAGGGCUACAACAACACAGUGCAAUGAGGAAUGUAUUAUUGUUAUCAAGUCAGUACACAAUUAGGCUAUUUUCCAUAGGCUGUAAACUGCAGUGAUGUAGGCUAAUUUGAAUAACCGCUCAAACGUCCUGUAACCGCUCAAACAUCCUGUAACCACUCAAACAUCCUGUUAGGCCUACAGCCUAUGCCUGAUUAUGCAACCAUUUGGAUCAGAUUUGGUCUAUUCUUGACAGUUUAGAAGGUCCAGAAUAAUGUAAUGAACAAUGUUAUUAUUGUUUUCAAGUGAGUACAAAACUCUAGUCAAUGCUGUGCCUAUGUCAUUUGAAUAACUGCUCAAACGCCUGGCAUUUUGAAUGCAUAUUCAAUUCGAAAUAACUGCAUCUAGACUGCCUGACUGGGCAACCAUUUUGAUCAGUUAUGGAGUUUUCUCGGCAGUUUAGACUACAAAGUCCAGGGACAUCAAUGUCGAUGUCCGCGCACCUGCAGAAAUCUAAUUAGCAUAAUAAUAAUAAAAAAUGGUCUGUCCUCGGUUGCAACACUCACUCCCGAGUUCCAAACUGCCUUUUGGACCGAAUGUCAGCACAAUAACUGUUCAUUGGGAGCUUCAUGAAAUGGGUUUUCAUGGCCGAGCAGCCGCACACAAGCCUAAGAUUACAAUGCGCAAUGCCAAGUGUCGGCUGGAGUGGUGCAAAGCUCGCCACUAUUGGGACUCUGGAGCAGUGGAAAUCCGUUAUCUGGAGUGAUGAAUCACGCUUCACCAUCUGGCAGUCCGUCUGGGUUUGGCGGAUGACAGGUGAACGCUACCUGCCCCAAUGCAUAGUGCCAACUGUAAAGUUUGGUGGAGGAGGAAUAAUGGUCUGGGACUGUUUUUCAUAGUUCAGGCUAGGACCCUUAGUUCCAGUGAAGGGAAAUCUUAAUGCUACAGCAUGACAUUCUAGACGAUUCUGUGCUUCCAACUUUGUGGCAACAGUUUGGGGAAGACCCUUUCCUGUUUCAGCAUGACAAUGCCCCCGUGCACAAAGCGAGGUCCAUACAGAAAUGGUUUGUUGAGAUCGUUGUGGAAGAACUUGACUGGCCUGCACAGAGCCCUGACUUCAACCCCAUCAAACACCUUUGGGAUGAAUUGGAACGCCGACUGCGUGCCAGGCCUAAUCGCCCAACAUCAGUGCCCGACCUCACUAAUACUCUUGUGGCUGAAUGGAAGCAAGUCUCUGCAUCAAUAUUUCAUGGUCUGUUUGUCAGACCAUGAAACAUCCCGAAAAUCGGUCUUCUCAAAAAAUCGUCUGUAGCGUCCGAAUGGUUUAGCCUACAAACUAUUAUGACCCCUCUAUAGAAAGAUGAUACUCUCACAAACACAUAAUUGUUGGUUGGCUUGCACUAGGACCCUCACAGGCCUCACAAGAAUGAAUGGAAAUAUAUAUGGAGAAUGUUUAGUGCCAAAAAUAAUGGGUUAAAUACAUCUUAUGGGUUAGCAGGCCAGUAAUAUAGUUUCCGCAUUUGGCUUCCAUGUUUUUAAGGCGUUUGAAUAUGAGGUGGAUAAAUGCGGUAUGGUUAAAGUGUGUGUGUGUGUGUGUGAAGGUACAAACAGUGAAAUCAAUGGCAAUGUUGAUCAAACCAGCAUUGUGCAGGGCUACAGGGGACUACUGGGGUUUGUAAUGUAUCCCCUCACACUCCGGCCUAACAACUAAAUUCAUUAAUGAAAUGGUUUAAACAGGCAAAAAGUAAUUGUCCGAUUCCUCAGAGAGCUCUUAAGCAUCUGUGGGAUCACGCCUCUACAAACACAAUCAGUAACAUUACACUAAGUGCACACGGCCACGGUAGUCCUUAAUCACAUGAGGAAUGAUUAUGAAUUUACAAAGUCAGUCAGAGACUCUCAGGUGUGUCUUUAAGGCAGCUUUCUGGGCUGGCAGGGGCAGUUAAACUAAUUUGAAAGCAGUUUAUCAACUAGUCAAUUACAGGCCCAUUGUAAAAAGGACUUGGCAGUUAGAUGGGCAAAGUCACUGAACAUAUCUGAUGGGACUCUGUAAUUGGUAGAAUAGUCCGAGUUCUUGGCUCAUUCGACUCUGUUUCCCCAUGCAAUGUUUUUGCGAUAUGAGAAUGUGUUCUAUGUAGUAAACAUACAUGGUAAUUCGUAAAUACUAAAUACAAUUAUUUUAAAAAAACUGAUGCAUUGAAUGUUCCAUGUUUUCUUCAUUGAAAGUGGAGGUACACAGCUUGGUAGACAGAUACACAUAAGGCAUCAAGAUAAGAGGGAAUAUCAGAUUCUCCUCUGACAUUUAAUCUGACAGUCAAAAGCAGCCCAUGCAUGAUGCGCAGUUUAUGACCCUUUGCGUACAGUUGAAGUCGGAAGUUUACAUACACUUAGGUUAGAGUCAUAAAAACUCGUUUUUCAACCACUCCACACAUUUCUAGUUAACAAACUAUAGUUUUGGCAAGUUGGUUAGGACAUCUACAUUGUGCAUGACACAAUAACUUUUUAACAAAGAUUAUUUCACUUAUAAUUCACUGUUUCACAAUUCCAGUGGGUCAUAAGUUUACAUACACUAAGUUGACUGUGCCUUUAAACAUCUUGGAAAAUUCCAGGAAAUUAUGUCAUGGCUUUAGAAGCUUCUGAUAGGCUAACUGACAUAAUUUGAGUCAAUUGGAGGUGUACCUGUGGAUGUCUUUCAAGGCCUACCUUCAAACUCAGUGCCUCUUUGCUUGACAUCAUGAAAAAAAAACUCAGAAAAAAAUGUGUAGACCUCCACAAGUCUGGUUCAUCCUUGGGAGCAAUUUCCAAAAUGCCUGAAGGUACCACGUUCAUCUGUACAAACAAUAGUAGGCAACUAUAAACACCAUGGGACCACGCAGCCGUCAUACUGCUUAGGAAGGAGAGGCGUUCUGUCUCCUAGAGAUGAACGCACUUUGGUGCGAAAAGUGCAAAUCAAUCCCAGAACAACAGCAAAGGACCUUGUGAAGAUGCUGGAGGAAACAGGUACAUAAUUAUCUAUAUCCACAGUAAAACGAGUCCUAUAUCAACAUAACCUGAAAGGCUGCUCAGCAAGGAAGAAGCCGCCAUAAAAAAGCCAGACUACGGUUUGCAACUGCACAUGGGGACAAAGAUCGUACUUUUUGGAGGAAUGUCUUCUUGUCUGAUGAAACAAAAAUAGAACUGUUUGGCCAUAAUGACCAUCGUUAUGUUUGGAAGAAAAAGGGGGAAGGCUUGCAAGACUAACAUUUAGUUUUCAACAGCAGAGAUUUGUAUAAACAUUGCUGUCUGUCUCUACGACAUUUGCAACAUUGUUUCAAUAUUCAAAUUCGUUCUCCAUUGUCCCAUAGUCUCAUAUUAAGCAUCUCCAAUCCAAAGUUAAAUCUAGAAUCAGCUUCCUAUUUCGCAACAAAGCCUCCUUCACUUAUGCUGCCAAACAUGCCCUUGUAAAACUGACUAUCCUACCGAUCCUUUACUUCGGCGAUGUCAUUUACAAAAUAGCCUCCAACACUCUACUCAGCAAAUUGGAUGUAGUCUAUCACAGUGCCAUCCGUUUUGUCACCAAAGCCCCAUAUACUACCCACCACUGUGACCUGUUCCCUCUUGUUGGCUGGUCCUCACUACAUAUUCGUCGCCAAACCCACUGGCUCCAAGCCAUCUAUAAACCACUGCUAGGCAAAUCCCCGCCUUAUCUUAGCUCAUUGGUCACCAUAGCAACACCCACCCGUAGUAUGCGCUCCAGCAGGUAUAUCUCACUGGUCAUCCCCAAAGCCAACACCUCCUUUGGCCGCCAUUCCUUCCAGUUCUCUGCUGCCAAUGACUGGAACGAACUGCAAAAAUCUCUGAAGCUGGAGACUCUUAUCUCCCUCACUAACUUUAAGCAUCAGUUGUCAGAGCACCUUACCGAUCACUGCACCUGUACACAGCCCAUCUGAAAUUAGCCCACCCAACUACCUCAUCCCCAUAUUGUUAUUUAUUUUGCUCCUUUGCUCCCCAGUAUCUCUAUUUGCACAUAAUCUCUUGCACAUCUAGCAUUCCAGUGUUAAUACUAAUUGUAAUUAUUUUUUUAUGUUUUGUUUUACCCUAUAUGUAACUCUGUGUUGUUGUUUUUAUCGCACUGCUUUGUUUUAUCUUGGCCAGGUCGCAGUUGUAAAUGAGAACUUGUUCUCAUCUGGCUUACCUGGUUAAAUAAAGGUUAAAUAAAAAACAAAUAAAUAAAUACGGUAGUAAUGAACGUGUCGGGAGUCGGGACGAGACAGACAGACAGGCAGUGUUUCUCAGCCAGUCGAAAUCAUGAAUCAGCUGGCAUCAUUUUUAUGGAUAUAUACAAAGAAAUGUAAAUUGAAAAAAGGUCAAACGAAAUGAAGUGCAGCUAGUUUGCAGUCUUUCCAGCUUCAGUUUGAAGUGAUUGUGUUAGCUGUGUUGUGGGCUAGCUCCUCUGAACAACAGUGUCCUGACUAGUGAACACAUUUUCUAUACCAGGCGAAGUCGUGCCUCAUUAGCUCAUUGUCAUGGAUGUAUCCAAAUAAAUGUCAAUAGAAAACAGUUUGAACAAAUGCAAAUGCAGCUACUUUGCUGUUAUUCUGGCUGCACUUUUUGAUGUGACUGUAAGUUAGCUGUAUUUGGCUAGCUAGCAAGCAAGGGAUAAGAACGUUGCCAGCCAGUAUGGCAAUGGAACAUUUAGAACGAACGACGUCCAUAGAUACAGAACAAAAAGACUGAACGACUGGGUCGCGUCUCUAGCAACCGAACCGAUAGAAUGAUUUGUGGAUCUUGUGGAAGGAUGAAAUAGUAUGAAAAAAUUCAUCAAAAUAACAUUUUUAAUAAAAAGAUGUCAAUCAUUAUUUGAAUAUAUUGGUAAUCCGUUGUAUAAAAGUGAUUAUUACUUAAAUAAUGCCUUCAUUGCUUUUGUGCUGAGUUUCACUAUUUAUCAAGGCCACUUGGCAAUUAUAAUGAUAUUUAGGCUACUGAUGUUUUCAUUAUUUGACCACACGUCUUGACCGUGUGUCUUGGUGGUUGGGGUAUUUUUUAUUCAUUUUGUCAUUAUAAAAAUAAUCUGUUACAGUGUUCCAACACAAAUGCUUUCUGUUUCAUAGUUGUAGCAAAGGCACUCCACAAAUAAAAUGUAUUGAACACUUUAAAAAAAAAAAAAUCUUUCGUUUUUACAUAUAGCCUCAGUAAUAUAAACUAAUGAAAAAGCUAUUGUGUUGUUGGAAAUAAAAUAAAACAAGUAUUAUAAUGUUACCCAGGCCUUCAUAACCUAAUUAUUAUUUUUGCAAUAGCAUAUAUAAAAUGUAUUAAUUAGACUGUUAGAAUGUUGCAGUCAGAAUGACUGCUCAUUAGCGUGAAGGUGGGUCCAUCGAGGCCCAGCAGUUGUAGUGUUAAUUACCUUCUGCCUUUGUAAUAUUAUGUAUCUGGAGUAAGAUAAGUAUUUCUCAGAUUUAAUUCUGCUGUUGAAAUUGUGUUUUGAGGGCGAGUGCAAAUGAAAUGGCUAGGUAGCUAACUAGCUAGCUAGCUAGUAGCGUUGGCUAACCCAGAAUCUGACAGACAAAGUUUAAUCUCCUGUUUUUAGCUCCCCAUAUAAUCUCUGCUUAUUGGCUAACUAGCCACCUUGUCAUUUGCAUAAAGAGUGAACAGAUUAAUCAGAUGUGUGUGGCAAUAGCUAACUCAUUAUUAUUAGGUUGCCACUAGAUAAACUUGCUAAGCUAGCUAGCUGCAGUGUCAACCAUGUAACGCCAGCGCAGCAUCCCUCCAUUGCUCUCUCUCUCACUGUGUGUGUGUGUGUGUGUGUGUCUGUCUAAAUGUCAUUUCUUUUUUAUGACAAGGCCUAUAACUAUAAGCACAUCUGUCAUACAGUGUAUAAUCUCGGUAAGCUUUUUGUGCCAUAUAGCUAGCUAUUCUUCGUGUUUUUUUGUUACAGCUUGUAGUGGCACAACUGAGGGGAAGGAGAAUGGGCCAGCCAAGAAAAGAAAAGACCCUUCAAGUGGAAAGGAGUCGUUCGGAAGAGAACAGAGGGUAAAUCCUACCUUGGCCAGAAAAAGAUGAAUGAGUUGAGUAUGGCAAUUGAUAUCUUCACUGUUGAUUAUUUAUUACUUACAUUAUUCUUACCUGAAUACCUACAUUGAUGUUUAAUUCCUUGCUGAAAUAUGUCUUGAUGAUUUGCAUACUUGUAACAUGAUUGAAAGUUGUCUGUCAUGACUCAAAGUUGUCCGUCAAACCCCGUAUCUCUACCACAGCGUUUUAAGUGAAUCGCAUGUUGUGGGUUCUCAGCCAUGCUGAAAUGUGUCUUGAUGAUUUGCAUACUUGUAACAUGAUUGAGUUGACUAUGGCAAUUUAUACCUGCUCUGUUUGAUUAUUUAUUACUUACCUGAAUACCUAACUUGAUGUUUAAUUCCAUGCUGAAAUGUGUCUGAUUUGCAUACUUGUAACAUGAUUGAUAGUGACCAUUGUAUAUUGAUUGUUUUUUGAUUGUAACACUUACCUGAUCCUCCUUGAUAUUUCAUUCUGAGUAAAAAAUUAAACAUCACACUUGGUGUAAAUCUUUUUAGUAAUUGAAACUGUACAGCCUACGGACGUUGUUUGAUGUCAGUUUUCAUUGGAGACUAUCUGUGUUGGAGGACAUCUGCAAGAUGGUGCUGGCAGCCUUAAAUAAUACAUUAAUGUCAACUCAAUUGCACUAAGUUGUUGUUCUUUUUGUUUGCUGUCACAGUUUACCAUAAGCAGUAAAAACUUGCCAAACUAAAUUUGUAACUAGUACUUAAGUAGUUUUCUGACCGGAUACAUUUUUACUCUUAUUUGAGUAAAUUACAAUCUACAGUGAGGGAAAAAAGUAUUUGAUCCCCUGCUGAUUUUGUACGUUUGCCCACUGACAAAGAAAUGAUCAGUCUAUAAUUUUAAUGGUAGCUUUAUUUGAACAGUGAGAGACAGAAUAACAACAAAAAAAUCAAGAAGAAAAAAUUUUUCAAAAAUGUUAUAAAUUGAUUUGCAUUUUAAUGAGGGAAAGAAGUAUGAAUAUAGUCCAGUUUGACCAGCCAACCCAACUAAAAGAUGGUCCAGCCCAUAUGGCAUUCGCCAGAAUUGCCAGAUGGCCAAUCCACCCCUGCAUAUUGGGAGUUGAUUGAACAGCUAUUAUUGAUUGGUAGCCCGUCCCUGCAAACAUGCAUGUACAAUUUGACCAGGUAUUGAACGUGGGUUGUAAGAACAAGGCUGAUGUAUCCAAAAGGUUGAUGUUAAGCCCACUGAGCUAAAGACUAAGGGCUAGGUAGUCACUUUCAGGUCUAAGCUCUAAGUCAAGAUCUGACCACUGUGGCCACAGGGAACCAACAACACCCAUACACAAAGCCUGCCAAUGUUUGUACUUGACUUCUCAAGCAAACAGAGACAGACAAGCACACACAGAAAUCGAGAGAGCAUCAUAUCUGGGUCUGCUGGAGAGGCUGCCUGUUGGCUCUGACACCGUGCAGAGCAUAACCAUGAGAUUCCAUCAGAUAGACACCUAAUUAUAGGUAUUAUCUUGGACCAUGUCUGAGUCUGUCUGGUCUGAGGCCCAACACAGCUCUAUGUUUGGGGAGAGAGAGAGCGAGAGCGAGAAGGGGGAGAGAGAGAGAGCGAGAGCGAGAGAAGCAUCACAGCAAAAUGUGGGACAUGUUGUGAUAAAUAAAGGGCAACCAGUGGAGCACAACACCAAAGUAAAUUAAACCUAUAUUUAUCUGUUUAUUUAUUUUCCCCUUGCUAAUUUGUACUUCUACUAACAACACUGCACAUAGUAGAGAGAGAGAGAGAGAGAGAGAGAGACUGGUGAAAUUGGACAGACAGACAGGACAGGAGGUGGAAGUAAAGUCAAAAACAGAGGAAAGAAAGAGGACAUGGGAGGAAAAACAAGGGAUAAACUUCUGAAAAAAGAGAUGGAGCAAGAUAACUCACUUUGCAUUGCAAUCUAUGACAUAAGUGGUGAGGCGAAAGCAGGCGAGGGUUCUGGCUUAUAGGGAAAGACUUAAGAGGGGAGUAGGGCAGCCAAGGAGGUCAGAAAGCUUGGAUGUUAGUUCACUGGUGAACUGAAGGAAUGGCAAGAAUAUACACUGAGUAUACAAAACAUUAGGAACACCUGCUCUUUCCAUGACAGACUGACCAGGUGAAUCCAGGUGAAAGCUAUGAUCCCAUAUUGAUGUCACUUGUUAAAUCCACUUCAACCAGUGUAGAUGAAGGGGAUGAGACAGGUUAAAGAAGGAUUUUUAAGCCUUGAGACAAUUGAGACAUAACCUGUGCCCCACACAUUGACUCUGUACCGGUACCCCCUGCACAUAGCCUCAUUACUGUUCUUUUAUUGUUCCUCGUUAAUAAAUCAUUAUUUUUCAUUUAAUUAUUUUUUACUUCAGUUUAUUUUAGUAAAAACUUUCUUAACACUUAUUUUUCUUAAAACUGCAUUGUUGGUUAAGGGCUUGUAAGUAAGCAUUUCACUGUAAGGUCUAUGCCUGUUGUACUCGGCACAUGUAACAAAUAACAUUUGAUUUGAUUUGUAUGUGUGCCAUUUAGAGGGUGAAUGGGCAAGACAAAAGAUUUCAGUGCCUUUGAACAGGGUAUGAUAGUAGGUGUCAGGCGCACUGGUUUUUGUAAAGAACUGCAAUGCUGCUGGAUUUUUCAAGCUCAACAGUUUCCCAUGUGUAUCAAGAAUGGUCCACCACCCAAAGGACAUCCAGCCAACUUGACAACUGUGGGAACAUGAAACAAUUUCAAAGAUUUUAUUGAGUUACAGUUCAUAUAAGGAAAUUAGUCAAAUGAAAUAAAUUCAUUAGGCCCUAAUCUAUGGAUUUUACAUGACUGGGAAUACAGAUUUGCAUCAGAUACCUUUAAAAAAAGUAGGGCCCUGCAUCAGAAAACCAGUCAGCAUCUGGUGUGACCACCAUGUAUCUCAUGCAGAACACAUCUCCUUUGCACAGUUGAUCAGGCUGUUGAUUGUGGCCUGUGGAAUGUAAGUUGCUGGAUAUUGGCGGGAACUGGAACACGCUGUCGUACACAUCAAUCCAUAGCAUUCCAAACAUGCUCAAUUGGUGACAUGUCUGGUGAGUAUGCAGGCCAUGGAAGAACUGGGACACUUGCUGAAACAUGAGGUGAUGGCGGCGGAUGAAUGGCACGACAAUGGGCUUCAGGAUCUUGUAACGGUAUCUCUGUGCAUUCAAAUGCCAUCGAUAAAAUGCAAUUGUUUUCGCUGUCUGUAGCUUAUGCCUGCCAAUACCAUAACCCCACCGCCACCAUGGGGCACUCUGUUCACAACGUUGACAAACCGCUUGCCGGCACGAUGCCAUGCACUUGGUCGACAAUUGUGAGGCCGGUUGGACGUUCUGCCAAAUUCUCUAAAACGACGGAGGCGGCUUAUGGUAGAGAAAUGAACAUUCAAUUCUCUGGUAACAGCUCUGGUGGACAUUCCUGCUGUCAGCAUGCCAAUUGCACACUCCCUCAAAACUUGAGACAUCUGUAGAAUUGUGUUGUGUGACAAAAUUGCACAUCUUAGAGGUGCCUUUUAUUGUCCCCAGCACUAGGUGCAACUGUGUAAUGAUCAUGCUGUUUAAUCAGCUUCUUGAUAUGCCACAUGUCAGGUGGACGGAUUACUUUGGCAAAGGAGAAUUGCUCACUAACAGAGAGAAAUAAGCUUUUUGUGCGUUUGGAAAAUUUCUGGGAUCUUUUAUUUCAGCUCAUGAAACAUGGGACCAAAACAUUACAUGUUGCGUUUCUAUUUUUGUUCAAUAUAGAAAGAUAGAGAGAGCGAGAGUAAGUAAGUUAUUAACUGGUGCGCUGAAGGGAUGGCAGAGAUAUGGAGGUUGGCUGCUCGGCGUUACAGGCUGCCAACUGGGAGGAAGCAGAGGCUUGCAGGGCACAGCAUGGAGCCGUUAAAGCCUGGGAUAUAAUCAGUCCACCCAUAACACAAGUCCAUAACAUUUUUGCAGGCAUCUCACUUUUUUAACACCUGAACAGCGCUUUUAAUGGAGUGCAUUACUCAUUAAAAUGACCAAACAUGACUGUAGCUCAGUUGGUAGAGCAUGGCGCUUGCUACGCCAGGGUUGUGGAUUCGUUUCCCACGGGGGGCCAGUAUGAAAAUGUAUGCACUCACUAACUGUAAGUCGCUCUGGAUAAGAGCGUCUGCUAAAUAACUAAAAUGUAAAAAUGUAAAAUAAUUAUUUAUAAGUUUCCCUUUUUCUCUACCAACAUUUAAGCUUAAGUAAUUCCCAUACAGAUAAUUGUCAAGGAGGGCAGUCAAUAGACGUUGAGUAUUCCUUCUUAGAAAAAGAGGAAAUUCCCUUAUUUUGCAGUGGCUCAUCCUCUUUGAUUUUGUGUUUUAAGGUAAAAAGUGGAUACUAGGAUAAUUAAGAAGACAAAAUUACUCCUUUGUUCUUGAGACCUUUCCCUCUCUAAGCUGAUGACAAUAUCUGUAGUAAACGCUAAUUCUUAUAUAGGGUGCUACUCUACUGGGUGAGUAUUUUUAUUCACUAGUGUACACACGAUAAACAAAACAACAAACGAUACGUGAAGUCCAACGGUACUAACACAAACCAACACGGAACAAGAUCCCACAAACACUGUGGGAAAACUGGCUGCAUAAGUCUGGUUCCCAAUCAGAGACAACAAGCAACAGCUGAUACUCGUUGCCUCUGAUUGAGAACCACACUGGCCAACAUAGAAACACAAUACUAGAAAUACGACAUAGAACAAAAACACAGACUCUACACACCCUGGCUCAACAUAAAAGAGUCCCUAGAGCCAGGGCGUGACAGUACCCCCCACCCCAAAGGCGCGGACUGCGACCGCGCCUAAACAUAACCGAACAGGGGAGGGCUGGGUGGGCAUUCCUCCUUGGAGGCGGUUCCGGCUCCGGGCUUGACCACCAUCCUCCAACAAUCCCCCCGUAGCGCCCCUGGUCCGGUCUGGCCCCGCUGGCUGGAGCUGGACUGGACAUCGUUGGAGCGGAUUGCUUAGGCUCCGGUGUGGAGCAACUGACCGGUACCUGACCAGGCACCGAUGAACCGGGCACGGGCUGUGCCGGACUGACGACACGCACCCCAGGCUUGGUGCGGGAAGCAGGAAUGGGCCGGACCGGGCUGACGACGCGCACCCCUGGCUUGGUGCGGGGAGCAGGAACGGGCCGGACCGGGCUGACAAUGCGCACCACAGGCUUGGUGUGGGGAGCAGGAACAGGCCGGGCCGGGCUGGCGACGCGCACCAUUGGCUUGGUGCGGGGAGCAGGAACAGGCCGGGCCGGGCCGGCGACGCGCACCGUAGGCUUGGUGCGAGGGGCAGGAACAGGCCGGGCCGGGCUGGCGACGCGCACCAUAGGCUUGGUGCGGGGAGCAGGAACAGGCCGGGCCGGGCCGGCGACGCGCACCGUAGGCUUGGUGCGGGGAGCAGGAACGGGCCGGGCCGGACUGGCGACGCGCACCAUUGGCUUGGUGCGGGGAGCAGGAACGGGCCGGACCGGGCUGACGACGCGCACCACAGGCUUGGUGCGAGGGGCAGGAACAGGCCGGGCCGGGCUGGCGACGCGCACCGUAGGCUUGGUGCGAGGGACAGGAACAGGCCGGACCGUACUGGGAACACACACCACUGGCCUUAAACGGGGAUCAGGAACGGGCCGGACCGGACUGGCAAUACACCUCAGUACCUCUCGCCGUGCCUCUACAUCUUCCUUCCCUCUUCUCACCAAUGGCUCCCGUAACCCGGUGGCCUUCUCUCCUCGUCCACGAACUCGUCCCUUAUCUGCCUCCAGCAGCCCCGUCGUCUAUGCCAUGUGCCCCCCCCUAAAAAUUUAUUGGGGGUGCCUCUCGCCUGUCCGACCAUGGCCCGGUUGGCGCCGCUUCUCCUCUCCUGCCUGGGUCUCUCCCUUCAUAGCCCUCCGGCAACGGACGGCCUCCUCCUCCGUGAUCUGCCCCCAACCGAGGAGGACAUCUACCAAUGUCACCUCCUGCGUGUGCUCCUGGACACGCUGCUUGGUCCUAGUUCCACCCCUGGGUCAACAAAUCUAUUCUUGCUAAAAUUGUUUUCCAAGUGGGUAAUGAAGCAUCACUGAGCUGUUGAUAGCGGCAACAGUUUGUUGUUCACAUUGUCCAUAUUGCAGCGAACGGCGGGGCAGGGAAGCAAACCAGAGACACGUUCCUGUGCUUCGACUACUCAGCCACCUCACAUGUCCGGGACGUGCUUUGCGAUUGGCUCACGGCCGCCAUCCCACUUCUGACACCAAUGUAGCGAACGGCUGGGCAGGGAAGCGAACCCGGUUUGCUGACGUGAAAUGCAAACACAUCUCACCAAUAGGGUUAAUCCACUUGGUGGGAAUUGUAAUGUGACACAUAUAGCGAGGAUCGCUACAAUACCCUCAGAGUACUAUUCAAGCCACACAACCAAUUACUUCAAUUGGAAAGCAUUCAGUUUCUCACUCUCUAGUUUGGUCCUGUGGCGAUGGUGUGUUGACUCAUUGUGUGAAGUACUAUGAAUGCCACUUAAUUCUACGACGCACACUCACUGUAAUAAUACUGUAUUACCAUCACACAAUACAUUUCUUGCUAGCAACAUCUUCAGUCCCACAAUAAAGUCAGUAAAUAUUACAGGUACAAGUCAUAUUCAAAAGGGUACAUAGUAGCUCUGAAUGGCAGUAUUGCAGUGUUUGCCUGUUGCAUCCACAGUUUACGCUCAUCACUUGAAACCACUUGCUCUCAGAGUAGGGUGAGGUUGAGAGUGUGCAUGUGUGGCUGUGUAUGUGUGUGUGUGUAUGCGUGUGAGUGAACACUAACGUUCAUUGACAAAACUUUAAAAUUACGGCUUUAACCAGCACCGACACAGGAGAGAGCAAACUUUACCCCUGUAUGCCCACCAACAACCCCCACAUGACUCCAAUGCUUCCCUCCGAAGGGACGCCAAACAUCUCAAAUGCAUUAUAUAUGCUCUCAUAGACUUAAUUGAAGUGUAAAAUGUUAUGUUCCACACCGAUGCACUCCUAAUAGGCCUGUGCUCAGUGACCAGCAUGGUAAAGCAAUUACAAGGCAAUUACAACAUGAGAGUGUGUUUUGAGUUUACCACAGUCAGAAAUGAGACCAGGACCUUGAUAUCUGUUUAAGUGAGGUUUAAAACAAACUAUGAUGCACUGUCGAAACCAAACUGAUUAGAUAUUUGCCUCUUUUAUAAUCAGAGUACUAAUGUUUAAUGUAUGUUAAUCUGUUGCACAGUGCUGGGAAAUAUUGGGUAGUUUAAAGCAUUUAGCGGACCAUUGGAAGUGACUAAGGUCCCAUAACAGAUGACUAAGGUCCCAUAACAGAUUGCUAAUACACAUGCUAAUGGUUAGAGGUAAAAUAUCAUUAACAAGGCUAGCAAGGUCAUCAGAAACUCGCCCCUUUCAGUCCAGUAUGUGAUUAAUUCAUGACUUUUUAAUUCAGAAUUCAUCCGCUUGCAGCUGAGUUUGACCUUUAGUGAUUCAAUGCACAUUUCGCUUUAAUUAAAAUAAUGAAUCCCAAAAUCAAACAGAGAGUGGCUCUUUUUGUUUUCUGCUAAUGCAACAUUGAUCGUCUGUGCCGGUCUUUUAUUAAAUGCUUCUCAGUAACAUGUAUUAACAGAACUUAAUGGGGAAUUAGUUUUGCCACAAACUGCACUGAAAUAUGGAAGGAAAACAGCACAGGCUGAUUUUAAUUUUAAGGCAUGUUUGAAAUACUUAUCAGUCCCGAAGAUAUUAGGAUAUGUUUUCAGCCUGAUCGUAACCAGAAGGUCAAUGGGUGAUUGGCCUUAUGUUGAAAUUGAAAGCAGGCCAGCAAAACUAAUGCUAUCACUGGGAAGCACUGACCUUAUAGUUGAGCUCAAUCCAGUUAGAGAGAUAACCGAAUUUGAUUAGCUGAUUGCAGAGGCUGACUGUAGGGUCUGUUUGAGUGCUGCUGAAAAGAUGACUGAAGACAGGAAGAAAAUCACAUAGAGGAAACAACCUACUCGUUCCAUCCCCUAUUGUACAGAGAGACAGUGAGAGAGACAGAGAGACAGAGAGACAGAGAGAGAGAGAGAGAGAGAGAGAGAGAGAGAGAGAAUCUAACAACCAUGCUCAAUGCUCGCACAGGUCCAGACCAGGAUGUUGAACUAGAGUAGAUCAGAGCAGAGUCACUCUCCUACCUACACCAUGUCAACUGUAUGCUGCUGACACCUCUCCUCUCUGCCCCUCUAUCUCUCCCAAUCCCUCACUCUGAGAACUAAUCUCUUAUGGGAGACGGGCUGCAGCAGGACAUUGGCCAUCAGCGCACCGUGGCAACCGUCCGACAACACCCAUCACUCCAAAGAGCCCUUCAGCUAUGAUGUCAUCACAGCACACCAGUGACCUUCAUUGAUUGGAGCAGAGACGUUCUAUGCCAUCUGAUUGGAGCAGAGUCGUUCCGUGCCACCCUAACAAGCUCUAAUGAGUUUUAACGCAUGACUUCUGAUAGAUCUAAUAGAUAUAUCCUAAAGGGCAUGAACAUAUCCAUUUUAUGAUUCAUUUAGCUAUGCCAAGGGGCUGGGCACAAUGCUGACAACUGUCCAGUCUGCUCUGUGUGCUGCAUUAGCAUAGCUGCCUCAGCCUAGCAUUAUAUUGAGGGUCUAAUGUUAGUGCAUUGUUGUGGUACAGGGUAACUACGUGAUGGCGUGAAGAUGUCCAUGCUUGGUGACAUUUGGAUUUCAGUGCUACUUUUCCGUCCAGCUCUUGGUCUUUUCUGUCCUUUCUUCUAGCAGGUGAAAGAAAUGAAAUUGUACAGGAACCAGUUAAACAACUGUCAUUACUGUGUCUGUCUCUCUAUGCUAUCUGAUGUAAGAUCACUCUGUCCAACACUAGACGUUCCCUGGGUUUCAGACAGUGUUUUAACACCUUUCUGUCUGGGUGAGGAGACAGAAUGUUUCAGUUGUGUAUUGUUGACUUCCUGCUCCAGCUGAGUGACAGGUUGAGAGCAAGAACAGAUCUAAGUGAUUUCCUCAGAGCAGUUAGUGUUCCAUUAUUCAAACACAAUCCCUUUUGGCUUAACAGUUAUCGAUCAGAUAGAUGCAUGUGUGUGUGUGCGCUUAUACAUGUCCUAUUUCACACAUGUACAAGUGUGUAUUAUACGCAUGUGUGAAUUGGAAAAUAAUUUUUUUGUUGCAUAUCCCAACUCCCCCAGAGACACCCUCGGAGAGUGGGGUCACGGCCAGGGUCUAAAAUGAUCAACGGCGACCCAGGAGCAAUUAGCGUUAACUAGCAACCUUUCUGUUUGUGGCCCAACGCUCUAACCGCUAGGCUACCUGCCGCUCAGUGUGUGUGUCCAUCCGUGCAUGUAUUCAGAACAGCCACAUUCUUCCCCCACAGCCUGGUCAGAGCUGCUAAAUUCCACACCUCGCCAGUCAGAUAAAUACCUUGAGUAAAGCAGAGCCGACAAUCACUGCAAAUAUUAACUGACCCUGUGGUGCGUCAAACAAAAUGUCAAAAGGGCUUAGCUGGAAAGCCCUGUGUGGUUGCUGCUUAUGGUUGUUAUUUGCUCAUGUCACAUACAGCUCUGCAGACCAGUCGAUACAACCUGUCUCUUAUCAUCUAGAGAGGUUGAUUCCUUUUAUUUUUUCCAUCCUGAUAUAAAAUAUCAGUCUGUCAAUCUCCAGGCAAUGAGAAAUUAAAUCAGCGACAAUAUAGAAAAAUCAAACAUAUGGGACAAACUGAGAAAUAAAGAAAUCAGAAACAUAUGGGCAAGAGUAAAUAAAAUGUGUGCUAAAAUAGUUACAUCUAUGAAAAGAAGUCUAAUUGCAAUGGUCAUUUUACAAUUAAUUAGCCGAUGCAGAUGGCUUCACAGUGUGGACAGCUGGCUGACUGUCCCUUUCUCCUCUUCUUGUUUAUCAGCUUCUGUCACAGCCAUCAAAAAUAUGUCAAGUCCAUCUCACAUCAUAGACCGAUGUAGAGCCGAAGAGAUGGUUCUAAACCUUCUGAUGUUCUACUAUGAGCUGCCACCGCCCCCUUGUGGAUUUCUACUCUCAUGACAGAGAGAGAGAGAGAGAGAGAGAGGUAGUGAGCUUAUGGGCUCCUGAGUUCUUCUGCAAAAAGAUAGAAUUAGAGUUGGAUAAAUGUAGAUAAACUAGAUUUUUUUCACAAGUACUUAUACAGGAUACUAACCUCAACAUCAAAACCUUCAAUCCAAAUGAAAUUCCAUACCUAAAACCUUGAUUUUGGACAAUAUUACCUGAAUGGACUAUUACUACCAAGGACUAUCAAGAAAAAACUUCUAACAAACCAAAACCUGCAGAAGAAACACAGCGGAAACUGGAAAUACCAUCCAACACAAAACUGACUGAGUAAUAUUCAGUCUGAAGCUACUUCUGAAGCGAAAAAGUAAAAUACAAUAAUCUCUAGGUACUUUUGUUAUAUAAAGCUAAGUAAAUAAGUAUACUAAGCUACCAAGCUGCUAGGACAAAACAGACCUGGCUGCAACUUCAAUUAGCAUGGAAGUGUGAAGUCAGAUGUGUGAAAACUCUUGAGCCCAACAAUGGCAGGAGAGUUACAACCUCUGUCAACGUGUACAAGUCUGGGACAGUAAUGGUGCAGGCAUCCUCAUGCAGUUCCAGCAGGACUUUUACGGGAUCAAAGAGAGAGAACAGCAGGAAAAGCUCUCUCUCUCUGUGAUGACUCCCCCAUCCUGAGUGAGUCUAAUCACACCCCAAAUACAUUCAAUUGGAUAAACUUUUUCCCAAACACAAAGUGGCUAAACUCUGGUGCCCAAACACUAGGCAUGCCCUGGAGCUGUUGUCAGAGGACAGACUAGGGUCCCCCAGCCACAUCAUAAAUCACACAGGCACAAAAGACCUGAGGGCCCAGCAGGAAAGGGUGGCCACAGCACUCAAGGGAGUGAUUGAAAAAGCUUCUUCCACUUUCCCCAACCCACAAGUGGUUAUAUCCACCCUGCUACCAUGAAAAUACUUUCACCUUGUCACUAUACAGCGGGUGAAUGCAAGCAUUUCGCGAGACUGUAACUCAAAACGUAAUGUCUACCUGGCCCACCACUCCACCCUGGACUUGAACAGCCUUUAUGACCAGGUCCACCUCUACAAGCCAGCAAUCCCAACUUUUGCCAGGACCGUGAAGGACGUCACCCUCAACCAUAUCCCCAGCACCUCACACAGAAGCAACAGAGCAACGGACACCCCGCCCAGACCAGCGAGACACCCUCUCAGACCUGCAAGACCCCCUCCCGAAGGACCUGCACCGAGAGAACCCACACCAAGAGGACCUACACCCAGACCACAGCAUCACCAGCCACACCCCAACCAGCUAAGACCACCCCAAGCAAACCCUGGCCACACCCUAUAUAGGCCCCCUCAUAUCAGACCUAUGCCCCUUCUGCCCACCCCAUUCCCCCCGCCCCUGUGGCAAGGACCUCAACAUGACAGCAGGACAUAUGCCCAGGCAGUGAGCAGAGCAACAGGCCCAACCCCCACUAUUACACCCGCCCAAUCCCCAUCCUGCGACCUAAGAGGUAUGUAUCAGAUGCUCAACAUGUUCUGCUCACACCUACUGUAAUGAUCCAGGCCUAAACCACACAAAAACAACACUAGACACCAUGGAAAACAAAGCUUUUACUAUCUCAUCCUGGAAUAUACAAGGUAUGAGGUCAUCUGCCUUUGGCCUAAAGAGCAGGAACCCAGACUUCAUCAAAGAAAUUGGAUAUACAGACAUUGUCAUCCUACAAGAAACAUGGUAUAAUUGGAGCCACUGGUUGCCCUCUAGGUUACAGAGAGCUGGUAGACCCAUUCACCAAACUACCAGGAGUGAAACAAGGAAGAGACUCAGGGGGAAUGCUAAUUUGGUAUAGAGCAGACCUAACCCACUCUGUUAAAUUAGUCAAAACAGGAACAUUUAACAUCUGGCUAGAAAUGAAUAAGGAAAUGAUCUCAACAGAAAUAAAUGUCCUCAUGUGUGCUACCUAUAUCCCCCCAAUAGAAUCCCCAUACUUUAACGAUGACAGCUUCUCCAUCCUAGAGGGGGAGAUCAACAAUUUCCAGGCCCACAACAUAACCAACAAAAACGGGUCACAACUCCUGCAGCUCUGUUGGACGCUGGGUAUGUACAGUGGCUUGCGAAAGUAUUCACUCCCUUUGGCAUUUUUCCUAUUUUAUUGCCUUACAACCUGGAAUUAAAAUUGAUUUUUGGGGGGUUUGUAUCAUUUGAUUUACACAACAUGCCUACCACUUUGAAGAUGCAACAUAUUUUUUAUUGUGAAACAAACAAAAAAUAAGACAUAAAAACAGAAAACUUGAGCGUGCAUAACUAUUCACCCCCCCCCCCCAAAUCAAUACUUUGGAGAGCCACCUUUUGCAGCAAUUAUAGCUGCAGGUCUCUUGGGGUAUGUCUCUAUAAGCUUGGCACAUCUAGCCACUGGGAUUUUUGCCCAUUCUUCAAGGCAAAACUGCUCCAGCUCCUUCAAGUUGUUGUGUACAUCAUUCUUUAGGUCAUACCACAGAUUCUCAAUUGGAUUGAGGUCUGGGCUUUGACUAGGCCAUUCCAAAACAUUUAUAUGUUUCCCCUUAAACCACUCGAUUGUUGCUUUAGCAGUAUGCUUAGGGUCACUGUCCUGCUGGAAGGUGAACCUCCGUCCCAGUCUCAAAUUUCUGGAAGACUGAAACAGGUUUCCCUCAAGGGUUUCCCUGUAUUCCCAGUCCCUGCCGAUUAAAAACAUCCCCACAACAUGAUGCUGCCACAACCAUGCUUCACUGUGGGGAUGGUGUUCUCGGGGUGAUGAGAGGUGUUGGGUUUGCGCCAGACAUAGCGCAAACCCAACACAUAGGUACUCCGAGCAUGUGCUGACCAACUGGCAAGUGUCUUCACUGACAUUUUCAACAUGUCCCUGACUGAGUCUAAUACCAACAUGUUUCAAGCAGACCACCAUAGUCCCUGUGCCCAAGGACACUAAGAUAACCUGCCUAAAUGACUACCGACCCGUAGCACUGACGUCUGUAGCCAUGAAGUGCUUUGAAAGGCUGGUCAUGGCUCACAUCAACACCAUUAUCCCAGAAACCCUAGACCCACUCCAAUUUGCAUACCGCCCCAACAGAUCCACAGAUGAUGCAAUCUCUAUUGCACUCCGCACUGCCCUUUCCCACCUGGACAAGAGGAACACCUACAUGAGAAUGCUAUUCAUUGACUACAGCUCAGCAUUCAACACCAUAGUGCCCUCAAAGCUCAUCACAAAGCUAAGGAUCCUGGGACUAAACACCUCCCUCUGCAACUGGAUCCUGGACUUUCUGACGGGCUGCCCCCAGGUGGUAAGGGUAGGUAACAACACAUCUACCACACUGAUCCUCAACACGGGGGCCCCUCAGGGGUGCGUGCUCAGUCCCCUCCUGUACUCCCUGUUCACCCAUGACUGCAUGGCCAGGCACAACUCCAACACCAUCAUUAAGUUUGCCGACGACACAACAGUGGUAUGCCUGAUCACCGACAACGAUGAGACAGCCUAUAGGGAGGAGGUCAGAGACCUGGCCGUGUGGUGCCAGGAUAACAACCUCUCCCUCAACGUGACCAAGACAAAGGAGAUGAUUGUGGACUACAGGAAAGAAAAGAGGACUGAGCACGCCCCCAUUCUCAUUGACGGGGCUGUAGUGGAACAGGUUGAGAGCUUCAAGUUCCUUGGUGUCCACAUCACCAACGAACUAUCAUGGUCAAAACACACCAAGACCGUUGUGAAGAGGGCAUGACAAAGCCUAUUCCCCCUCAGGAGACCCUCAAAAAAUUAUACAGCUGCACCAUCGAGAGCAUCCUGACUGGUUACAUCAUCGCCUGGUAUGGCAACUGCUUGGCCUCCGACCGCAAGGCACUACAGAGGGUAGUGCGUAUGGCCCAGUACAUCACUGGGGCCAAGCUUCCUGCCAUCCAGGACCUCUAUACCAGGUGGUGUCAGAGGAAGGCCCUCAAAAUUGUCAAAGACUCCAGCCUCCGGCAAGCGGUACCGGAGUGCCAAGUCUAGGUCCAAAAGACUUCUCAACAGCUUCUACCCCCAAGCCAUAAGACUCCUGAACAGCUAAUCAUGGCUACCCGGACUAUUUGCACUGCCCCCCCCCACCCCAUAUUUUUACGCUGCUUCUACUCUGUUAAUUAUUUAUGCAUAGUCACUUUAACUCUACCCACAUGUACAUAUUACUUCAACUACCUCAACUAGCCGGUGCCCCCGCACAUUGACUCUGCACCGGUACCCCCCUGUAUAUAUAGCCUCCCUACUGUUAUUUUAUUUUACUUCUGCUCUUUUUUUCUCAACACUUUUUUGUUGUUGUUUUAUUUUACUUUUUUAUUAAAAAUAAAUGCACUGUUGGUUAAGGGCUGUAAGUAAGCAUUUCACUGUAAUGUCUGCACCUGUUGUAUUCGGCGCAUGUGGCCAAUACAAUUUGAUUUGAUUUCCUUGAUGGCUAAACAGCUCAAUUUUAGUCUCAUCUGACCAGAGUACUUUCUUCCAUGUGUUUGGGGAGUCUCCCACAUGGCUUUUGGCGAACACCAAACGUGUUUGCUUAUUUCUUUCUUUAAGCAAUGGCUUUUUUCUGGCCACUCUUCCGUAAAGCCCAGCUCUGUGGAGUGUACGGCUUAAAGUGGUCCUAUGGACAGAUACUCCAAUGGUGGGCGGCCCUCUCUUGGCAGGUUUGUUGUGGUGCCAUAUUCUUUCCAUUUUUUUAUAAUGGAUUUAAUGGUGCUCCGUGGGAUGUUGAAAGUUUCAGAUAUUUUAUUAUAACCCAACCCUGAUCUGUACUUCUCCACAACUUUGUCCCUGACCUGUUUGGAGAGCUCCUUCAUCUUCAUGGUGCCGCUUGCUUGGUGAUGCCCCUUGCUUAGUGGUGUUGCAGACUCUGGGGCCUUUCUGAACAGGUGUAUAUAUACUGAGAUCAUGUGACAGAUCAUGUGACACUUAGAUUGCACACAGGUGGACUUUAUUUAACUAAUUAUGUGACUUCUGAAGGUAAUUGGUUGCACCAGAUCUUAUUUAGGGGCUUCAUAGCAAAGGGGGUCAAUACAUAUGCACGCACCACUUUUCCGUUAUUUAUUUUUUAGACCUUUUUGAAACAAAUAAUUUAUUUCAUUUCACUUCACCAAUUUGGACUAUUUUAUAUAUGUCCAUUACAUGAAAUCCAAAUAAAAAUCAAUUUAAAUUACAGGUUGUAAUGCAACAAAAUAGGAAAAACGCUAAGGGGGAUGAAUACUUUUGCAAGGCACUGUACAUAGUCAAUGGUAGGCUUCGAGGGGACUCCUACAGUAGGUACACCUAUAGCUCAUCUCUUGGUAGUAGUACUGUAGACUACUUUAUCACUGACCUCAACCCAGAGUCUCUUAGAGCAUUCACAGUUACUCCACUGACACCCCUAUCAGAUCACAGCAAAAUAACACUCUACUUGAACAGAGCUAUGCUCAAUCAUUAGGCAUCAAAGCCAAAGGAACUGAAUAAUAUUAAGAAAAUAUCUACCAAAAACAAUUAGGCAACAACAAAUUCCAUCCCUUCUAGACAAUUUCCUGGACAAAAUUAUGGUGAAUCACUAAAACGAUACAGAAAUACACUACGGAAAAUAAAGAAUCCAUAGAAUCUAACCACUUCUGGGAAAAUUUGAAAACUCUAAACAAACAACAACACGAAGAGUUAUCUAUCCAAAACGGAGACUUCUCCAAUCUUUUUGUCUCUAUAACAAAGAACAAACCGCAAAAACAUAUACAUGAUCAAAUACAAAUCUUAGAAUCAAAUAUUAAAGACUACCCAUUGGAUUCUCCAAUUACAUUGAAUGAACUACAUGACAAAAUACAAACCCUCCAACCCAAAAAGGCCUGUGGGUUGAUGGUAUCCUAAAUUAAAUUAUAAAAUAUACAGACCACAAAUUCCAAUUGGCUAUACUUAAACUCUUUAACAUCAUCCUCAGCUCUGGCAUCUUCCCCAAUAUUUGGGACCAAGGACUGAUCACUCCAAUUCACAAAAUACCAAUUUGACCCCAAUAACUACCGUGGGCUAUGCAUCAACAGCAACCUUGGGAAAAUCCUCUGCAUUAUCAUUAACAGCAGACUCGUGCAUUUCCUCAGCGAAAGCAAUGUACUGAGCAAAAGCCCCACCCUCUUCAACAUAUAUAUCAACGAAUUGGUGAGGGCACUAGAACAGUCUGCAGCACCCGGCCUCACCAUACUAGAAUCUGAAGUCAAAUGUCUACGGUUUUCUGAUGAUCUGGUGCUUCUGUCCCCAACCAAGGAGGGCCUACAGCAGCACCUUGAUCUUCUGCACAGAUUCUGUCAGACCUGGGACCUGACAGUAAAUCUCAGUAAGAUAAAAAAUAAUGGUGUUCCAAAAAGGUCCAGUUGCCAGGACCACGAAUACAAAUUCCAUCUAGACACCAUUGCCCUAGAGCGCACAAAAAACUAUACAUACCUCAGCCUAAACAUCAGCGCCACAGGUAACUUCCACAAAGCUGUGAACGAUGUGAGAGACAAGGCAAGACGGGCCUUCUAUGCCAUCAAAAGGAACAUAAAAUUCGACAUACCAAUUAGGAUCUGGCUAAAAAUACUUGAAUCAGUUAUAGAACCCAUUGCCCUUUAUGGUUGUGAGGUCUGGGGUCCGUUCACCAACCAAGAAUUCACAAAAUGGGACAAACACCAAAUUGAGACUCUGCAUGCAGAAUUCUGCAAAAAUAUAUUUUGUGUACAACAUAAAACACCAAAUAAUGCAUGCAGAGCAGAAUUAGGCCAAUACCCGCUAAUUAUCAAAAUCCAGAAAAGAGCCGUUAAAUUCUACAACCACCUAAAAGGAAGCGAUUCCCAAACCUUCCAUAACAAAGCCAUCACCUACAGAGAAAUUAACCUGGAGAAGAGCCCCCUAAGCAAGCUGGUCCUGGGGCUCUGUUCAAACACAAACAGACCCCACAGAUCCCCAGGACAGCAACACAAUUAGACCCAACCAAAUCAUAAGAAAACAAAAAGAUAAUUACUUGACACAUUGGAAAGAAUUUACAGAAAAACAGAGCAAAAAAACUAGAAUGCUAUUUGGCCCUAAACAGAGACUACACAGUGGCAGUAUACCUGACCACUGUGACUGACCCAACAUUAAGGAAAUCUUUGACUAUGUACAGACUCAGUGAGCAUAGCCUUGCUAUUGAGAAAGGCUGCCGAAGGCAGACCUGGCUCUCAAGAGAAGACAGGCUAUGUGCUCUGAUGUGGUGAUUUGAAGGAGUCAGGCGCAGGAGGGUAAAUCACAGAAUAACAGGAUUUAUUCCAGAAUACAGAGUUACGCAAUAAAGCGUCAAAACAGUCCAGUGCGCAAAACAGGCGCACUGAAACCAAGAAGGCACACAGGGAAAAUAACCUGGUGAUACAAAAUACAAGGAGCUCCACUGAGCUUCACUAAUCUCACAAUAUACAAUCACACACAAAGACAAGGGGGCAGAUGGAACACUUAUACAGGUACUGAUGAGGGGAUAUGAACCAGGUGUGUGUAAUAAACAAGACAAAACAAAUGGCAUGAUGAGAUGAGGAGCGGCAGUGACUAGAAGGCUGGUGACGAUGAACGCCGAAGCCUGCCCGAACAAGGAGAGGAGGCAGCCUCGGAGGAAGUCGUGACAUGUGCACACUGCCCAAAAAAUGAGUAAACAAAUCCAAUUUUGAUAAUCUCCCAUAUCUAUUGGGUGAAAUACCAUAGUGUGCAAUCACAGCAGCAAGAUUUGUGACCUGUUGCCACAAGAAAAGAGCAUCUAGUGAAGAACAAACACCAUUGUAAAUACAACCUAUAUUUAUGUUUAGUUAUUUUCCCAUUUGUACUUUAACUAUUUGCACAUCAUUACAACACUGUAUAUAGACAUAAUAUGACAUUUGAAAUGUCUUUAUUCUUUUGGAACUUUUGUGAGUGUAAUGUUUACUGUUCAUUUUUUAUUGUUUAUUUCACUUUGUUUAUUAUCUAUUUCACUUGCUUUGGCAAUGUAAACAUAUGUUUCCCAUGCUGAUAAAGCCCAUUGAAUUGAGAGAGAGAGAGAGAGAGAGAGAGAGAGAGAGAGAGAGUGUGAGUUAGUUAUUAACUGGCGAGCUGAAGGGAUGGCAGAGAUAUGGAGGUUGGCAGCUCAGUGGUACAGGCUGCCAACGGAGGAAGCGGAGGCUCGCAGGGCACAGCAUGGAGCCGUUACUGCCUGGGAUUUAAUCUGUCCACCCAGAGAGAGAGAGAUAGAUAGAUAGAUAGAUAGAUAGAUAGAUAGAUAGAUAGAUAGAUAGAUAGAUAGAUAGAUAGAUAGAUGUCUCUGAGAUCCAGCGUUCUCUGUCAGGGAAUUGAUAAGGCUCUCGUCAAUGUGGAUGGUUAUGUUGUUUCUACACUCAAGUCUCAAUCUGCCGAAUGCUAAGCAUUCGAUAGCACCUGUAUGGGCUGUGUUGCUGACAACCUGGCCUGAUGCUUCACAACUAAUAAUGUUUACUAAUAUUUUUUUCCUGGCCCUGGUUGAUCAGAAAAAGGAGAGGAAGAAUAAUAAAUUAAUAGCUAGUAAACAAGGUCUUUAUGAUAGCUUGUUUACCAUUUUAAGGUUAUCAUACCAGGAAUACUAUGUUCAUCUUCCAACCACUGUUGGCCUUUAUAAUGAUGCACAUAGCUUUUAGGAGUAAUCCUACUCUAGCAUUAUCAAUUAAAAAGCAAGGGUUGUAAAAGUACAAAAAAAACGUGUUUUAGUUUCCACAUCUUAUCAGUGAGCCUCAGUCAGAGUGCUGUUAUGCAGGGAAGCCAGCCAACUACACACACACACACACACACCACACCACACACACACACUUAUCUGGACCUCACAACUAUAUCACCCACCGCUUGUUUCAAAGAUGCUCUGGCAGCAGGGGACCUGCAAACAGAGGAAUGGAGGUAUUAGGGGGGUAGGUAAGUAAGGGAGAAAAGUUAUGUAUCAUAUGUGGAUCAGAUCAACCAGACCAUAGUGUUUACCUCUAUCUGCCUCCUGUGGUCUGGGUCCUUCUCCCACUGUGGGAGUCUGAAUCUCACCUCCUCGUUCACAGGCUCAGCCCCACCUGUAGUCAGCUAUUGUGCUCUUCUAUAAAACUGGCUGUGAAUUAAAUAAGGACACACACACAUCGACACAGACAGACAGAAGCAAAAAGAAGAGUUGUCAUUCUAAGCAUGACCUUUGAAUAGCUUUAGUAUCUUCCUUAGUACGCCUGUAAAGAGUACAAAAGUAGCUUAUCCAAGGGUGAUGAGUCCAAUUUGUUAUGCUGUUGUGCCAUAGGGCUUGAACUAUGUUUUACAGCUAUAUUUUCAUAUUAAAUUCUGAGCAUUUUAACUAUGAAAGAGAUGGAGGGUGACAUAUUUAUGACAACACCCAUACCUGGGGUUCACCCCCGUAUUUUUCAUCUUAAUGCUCCCUGUCUGUCUGGCUAGCUCUCCCUCUCCAAACCUCAGGGGGAGCAAUAACAAUGGGAGCGACCAGGUGACUUUACAGUCAAUCUCACCUUGGGUUUAUCUCCACCUCCAUAUCACUGCAGAUUAAACAGGCUGAAUUCGACUGAGCUCAGUCCAGCCUUGGUGAGACGUCCCUGGGGAGCAACAGAGAGAAGAUGGGGUUGGCCCAACGAGUGUUGGCUUCACAGCGGAGGUUGGGUGGACCCCAUGGUGCUGCUCUGUGUCUAUGGCUUCAGCUCAAUAAUGGAGGCCCUCUGAGCCUUUCCUCACGGACUACCUCAUCGGGCCAUACAAGAACCUUACCACCCAACAGGUAUGGCACAUUCAUUGUUUAUUCAUUUAACCUUGAUUUAGCCAGAUAAGUCAUAUCACAAAUUCUAUUUUAUGAUAACGACAAAUGCUUUUAUGUGAAUGUAUUGUUGUAUGAUAUAUCCUGCCAUUUUCCUGAUCUUUCCACAGGUUACGAGGCAGGUGUUCCCAAUAUGGGCGUAUUCCAUCCUCUUCCUACUCAUCCCAGUCUUCCUGGUAACAGACAUCCUGAAGUACAAGUCUGGCAUCAUCCUCCAGGCGCUUAACUACAUCCUGGCAUUUAUCAUGUUCAUCUUCAGCUCCUGUAGCUCAGUUGGUAGAGCAUGGCGCUUGCAACGCCAGGAUUGUGGGUUCAAUUCCCACGGGGGGCCAGUAUGAAAAAUGUAUGCACUCACUUAACUGUAAGUCGCUCUGGAUAAGAGCGUCUGCUAAAUGACUAAAAUGUAAAAUGGUGUGGUGUUGACUCAGUGCAACCUUAUCAUCUACAGUAUGGGCGCUGUGGGAGAUGUGGCCUACUAUUCCUAUAUCUACAGUGUGGUCCUCUGCCAGUAUUACCAGAGUUUGACUAGCUAUGCCAGAGGGGCUGUGCUACUGGGAUAUGCACUGGAGCCAUGUUGGGCCAACUCCUGCUGUCCCUCUACUGCCUCAAUGUCAUUACCUUGGGCUCCCUCUGUGUAGCGCUGUUGGCCGCACUCCUCCUGCCCAUGCCCCAGAGAAAAAUGUUUCUUUGGGGGGACUCUGUCUGAUGACCCAUUCGAGGAGGUUGUGUCCAGUUCAUGUGGAUCCUGGUUUGUGUGGUGGCUGAGAAGGAGGAGGAGGGUCAGGAGGGAAGUAAUGAGAGCUCUGAGGAGGUUGGCGGUGGAUUGCAAGGAGUGUUACUCCUCUGUCUCUGUGCUGUUCUUCUGUGUGUGGUCAGCUAUGGGCAAGUUUGGUAAUACCAGAUCAGAGUACACGUGCAGCUCCUUUGGGCAUCCAAAUAGCCCCAGUACAACUUCAUGGAAGGGUGGAGGCUGUCGUCACACUCAGGUAACAAUAUACAGUUGAAGUCGGAAAUGUACAUACAAUUAGUCAUUAAAACUCAUUUUUCAACCACUCCACAAAUUGCUUGUUAACUAACUACAGUUUUGGCAAGACGGCUAGGACAUCUAAUUUGUGCAUGACACAAGUAAUUUUUCCAACAAUUGUUUACAGACAGAUUAUUUCACAUAAAAUUCACUGUAUCACAUUCCAGUUGGUCAGAAAUGUACUUACACUAAAUUGACUGUGCCUUUAAACAGCUUGGAAAAUUCCAGAAAAUGAUGUCAUGGCUUUAGAAGCUUCUGAUAGGCUAAUUGACAUCAUUUGAAUCAAUUGGAGGUGUACCUGUGUAUGUAUUUCAAGGCCUACCUUCAAACUCAGUGCCUCUGUGCUUGACAUCAUGGGAAAAUCAAAAUAAAUCAGCCAAGACCUCAGAAAAACAAUUUCCAAAAGCCUGAAGGUACCACGUUCAUCUGUACAAACAAUAGUACUGCUGACGAGGUGUGAAGGAAGGAGUCAGGCACAGGAGGUAAAAUACUGAAGUCCAGUUUAAUCCGUUUGCAUAAAUCAAACGCCCCAAGCGUCAAACGAAAAUGUACAAGGGAAAACAUCCACCUUGGCAAAUAACACAGUGAAAUGUACCUCAACCAAGCUACACGCUCUCACAACAAAACAAUCACUCACAAAGACAAGGGGAACAAAGGGAACACUUAUACACAUACUAAUUAGGGGAAUGAGCACCAGGUGUGUGUGAUUGGCAAGACAUGAAAUGUGGAGUGAUGAGAAUGAGAUCGGCAGUAGCUAGUACUCCGGUAACGACGAACGCCGAAGCCUGCACGAACCAGGAGGGGGGGCAGCCUCGGCGGAAGUCGUGACAAGUACGCAAGUAUAAACACCAUGGGACCACGCAGCCAUCAUACCACUCAGGAAGGAAACGCGUUCUGUCUCCUAGAGAUUAAUGUACUUUGGUGCGAAAAGUGAAAAUCAAUCCCAGAACAACAGCAAAAGACCUUGUGAAGAUGCUGGAGGAAGCAGGUACAAAAGUAUCUAUAUCCACAGUAAAACGAGUCAUAUAUCGACAUAACCUGAAAGGCCGCUCAGCAAGGAAGAAGCCACUGCUCCAAAACCGCCAUAAAAAAGCCAGACUACGUUUUGCAACUGCACAUGGGGACAAAUAUCUUACUUUUUGGAGAAAUGUCCUCUGGUCUGAUGAAACAAAAAUAGAACUGUUUGGCCAUAAUCACCAUCGUUAUGUUUUGGAGGAAAAAUUGGAUAUCUUGCAAGCCGAAGAACACCAUCCCAACCGUGAAGCACGGGGUGGCAGCAUCAUGCUGUGGGGGUGCUUUGCAGCAGGAGGGACUGGUGCACUUCACAAAAUAGAUGGCAUUAUGAGGAAGGAAAAUUAUGUGGAUAUAUUGUGAGGAAAUUAUGUGGAUAUAUAUUGUGGUCCUCUGUAGCUCAAUUGGUAGAGAAUGGCGCUUGUAACACCAGGGUAGUGGGUUCGAUCCCCAGGACCACCCAUACGUAAAAAUGUAUGCACACGUGACUGUAAGUCGCUUUGGAUAAAAGCGUCUGCUAAAUGGUAUAUUAUUAUUAUAUUAUUAUUAUAUAUGAAGCAACAUCUCAAGACAUCAGUCAGGAAGUUAAAGCUUGGUCACAAAUGGGUCUUCCAAAUGGACAAUGAUCCCAAGCAUACUUCCAAAGUUGUGGCAAAAUGGCUUAUGGACAACAAAGUCAAGGUAUUGGAGUGGCCAUCACAAAGCCCUGACCUCAAAACUAUAGAAAAUGUGUGGGCAGAACUGAAAAAGCGUGUGCGAGCAAGGAGGCCUACAAACCUGACUCAGUUACACUAGCUCUGUUAGGAGGAAUGGGCCAAAAUUCACCCAACUUAUUGUGGGAAGCUUGUGGAAGGCUACCCGAAAUGUUUGACCCAAGUUAAACAAUUUAAAGGCAAUGCUACCAAAUACUAAUUGAGUGUAUGUAAACUUCUGACCCACUGGGAAUGCGAUGAAAGAAAUAAAAGCUGAAAUAAAUCAUUCUCUCCACUAUUAUUCUGACAUUUCACAUUCUUAAAAUAAAGUGGUGAUCCUAACUGACCUAAGACAGGGAAUUUUUACUAGGAUUAAAUGGCAGGAAUUGUGAAAAACCUGAGUUUAAAUGUAUUUGGCUAAGGUGUAUGUAAACUUCCGACUUCAACUGUAACUACUCUCUAAAAAAAACUCUCCACAUGCCUCUUGGUAAAGCUCUGGAGUUAAACCCCAUAUUUUCUCUACUUUCACAGUCCUAACAAAUGUAAUUUUUGUAAUUAACAUGUAAUCUUUGGCAAUCUAUGGUAACUUUGGUAGUUUAUUUCAAUAACUUUUAAUAAAUGUAUUCGUAUACAGUGGCUUGCAAAAGUAUUCACCCCCCCUUGGCAUUUUUCCUAUUUUGUUGCCUUACAACCUGGAAUUAAUAUAGAUUUUUGGGGGGUUUGUAUCAUUUGAUUUACACAACAUGCCUACCACUUUGAAUAUGCAAAAUAUUUUUUGGGGUGAAACAAACAAGAAAUAAGACAAAAAACAGAAAACUUGAGCGUGCAUAACUAUUCACCCCCCCAAAGUCAAUACUUUGGAGAGACACCUUUUGCAGCAAUUACAGCUGCAAGUCUCUUGGGGUAUGUCUCUAUAAGCUUGGCACAUCUAGCCACUAGGAUUUUUGCCCAUUCAUCAAGGCAAAACUGCUCCAGCUCCUUCAAGUUGGAUGGGUUCCGCUCGUGUACAGCAAUCUUUAAAUCAUACCACAGAUUCUCAAUUGGAUUGAGGUCUGGGCUUUGACUAGGCCAUUCCAAGACAUUUAUAGUUUUUGCCCAUUGCUUACACACUAAAACCGAAUGGUCAGACCAAAGCCUCAAUACCUAAACUUCUUGUAGCAUACCUUAAACACAGUGUAACCAUAGCUUAAACACAAUGUCAACUUUGCACUUUGUUUGCAAUUCUGUAACACACUUAUUGCGAAACACUACACACGUUUUCUUACAUUAGACACUUCACGAAACAAAAUCACCUGUUAUCAUUGGGAAAACACUCUGUUCAAAAUGCAAAACUCAUCUGGCAAUUGUAUGCACUUACAUACACACCUGAAAACACUUGCACAGAAAACAGAACACCAAUCAGUCUGAACCUUAGCACUACAAAUAGGCCUCAGGUAAGCCAUUUUUAGAACUUUGCAAGCAUGGAGGCAAUGAGAGUCAGAGUAAGAGGAGGACAAAGAGAGAGAGGAGUCGGAUGUGGAAGAGGACGAGGACCAGUGCGGAGACGUAUAUCAGAUGACAUCAGGGCUACUCUGGUGGACCAUGUGAUAAAUCAUGGCCUGUCCAUGAGGGAGGCUGGGCAAAGAGUCCACCCUAACCUCAGUCGCUACACAGUAGCAUCGAUAAUAAGGACAUUCCGACUGGAGAACAGGUAUAUCUUCAAGUUUCUACUCCAGACUGUACCUACUGUAUGUGUCACAUGAUUCUGUAUCAUAUUACAGUAUUACUGUACUAACUAUACUAUACAAAAAUGGGUAGUGCUGUGAAGUACUGUAUAUGUAAAGGAAUACCAUUGUGAUGUUGCAGUACUGUAUACAGUUUGAAAGUACAGUAUGUGAAAAAUAACCUAACCAAUAACAUCUUGUGGUGGCAUUUUCUACAGAAUGGUUGGACGACCUCCUCAAGGUGGAAGGGAAUGGCUCUUCACUCAACAACAAGAGCUUGCCAUCAUUGAAAUGGUGCGAGAAAAUAAUGCAAUCCAACUUCGUGAGUUGCAACAACGCAUAAUUGCAAAUGGAAAUGAAUUCAACAAUAUCAACAGGGUCAGCAUUUCUACACUAAGUCACAUCCAACAGAAACAUAACUUCAGAAUGAAGCAGCUGUACAGUGUGCCAUUUGAGAGGAACAGUGUCAGGGUCAAGGAUCUGCGCCAUGAUUAUGUGCAGGUAUGUGUCACUUUACUUUACAUACUAUGUAUUGUGAUGUGGGAAUGAGGGUUUAUGCUGCCACCUGCCCUGCCUGUAGCUUGUAGUUUUUGUCUAUACUCACCCAACCCAGCCCCUACUUGUGUGAAAAUAUAGACAUUGUAGUUACUGUAUGUGUUUUCAGUAACACUAUUCAAUAUUUUCUGUUACAGACAGUUCUGGAGUUUGAUGCCGCCGAACUGCCUCAUGAGUUCAUCUACGUGGAUGAGGCAGGCUUCAAUCUGGCCAAAACCAGGCGUCGGGGCCGUAACGUAGUUGGACAAAGGGCUGUUGUAAAUGUAAAUCCGAACAGAAGGCGUGAUCCAUAUGCCCCCCCCGUCCCCCCACCACACACACGCACACGCACACGCACACACACACGCACACACACACAAAACAAGUAUAUGUUUUUUCCCCCAAUAGCAAUUUAUCCAGUAAUUGUUUUGUUUUUUUACUUUUGUUUUGUUGCUAAAUUUGAAGUUAAGAAUUUCUGUAAGAAUGUUAGUUUUUUUGUAAAAACUUUUUUGUAAAUACUGUUUGAUUACUGCAGAAAUUCUACUUUUGAGUUUUACAGAAGACAAUGACAAUAAAAUGACAAUAAAAAUAGAAACACAAAGACUGCAGUGUUUUAUAUAAAGCCCAUCAGUGUGUUGCUUGUGAUAUGAAAGAGUAAUUCAAAUGUUGCUUGUGUGCAUGGUUUUGUUGCAAGAAUUUCAUUUUUAGAAAGGAGUGUUAAUUUUUGAUUGUUUCAUUUUGGCAUAUAUGUGAGUUGUUAAUCUCCAAGUGCUAUGUUUGAUUGGCUUGUGUGAUGAGUUUUGACAUAAUGAGCCAAAUUCUGCAAAAAGUGUGUAAGCAAUAGGCAAAAACUGUAAAUGUUUCCCCUUAAAUCACUUGAGUGUUGCUUUAGCAGUAUGUUUAGAGUCAUUGUCCUGCUGGAAGGUGAACAUCCGUCCCAGUCUCAAAUCUCUGGAAGACUGAAACAGGUUUCCCUCAAGAAUGUCCCUGUAUUCAGCGCCAUCCAUCAUUCCUUCAAUUCUGAACAGUUUCCCAGUCCCUGCCGAUGAAAACAUCCCCACAACAUGAUGCUGCCACCACCAUGCUUCACUGUGGGGAUGGUGUUCUCGGGGUGAUGAGAAGUGUUGGGUUUGCGCCAGACAUAGCGUUUUCCUUGAUGGCCAAAAAGCUCAAUUUUAGUCUCAUCUGACCAGAGUACCUUCUUCCAUAUGUUUGGGGAGUCUCCCACAUGCCUUUUGGCGAACACCAAACGUGUUUACUUAUUUUUUUUCUUUAAGCAAUGGCUUUUUUCUGGCCACUCUUCCGUAAAGCCCAGCUCUGUGGAGUGUACGGCUUAAAGUGGUCCUAUGGACAGAUACUCCAAUCUUCACUGUGGAGCUUUGCAGCUCCUUCAGGGUUGUAUUUGGUCUCUUUGUUGCCUCUCUGAUUAAUGGCCUCCUUGCCUGGUCCGUGAGUUUUGGUGGGCGGCCCUCUUUUGGCAGGUUCAUUUUGUGGUGCCAUAUUCUUUCCAAUUUUUUAUAAUGGAUUUAAUGGUGCUCUGAGGGAUGUUCAAAGUUUCUGAUAUUUUUUUAUAACCCAACCCUGAUCUGUACUUCUCCACAACUUUAUCACUGACAGUUUGGAAAGCUCCUUGGUCUUCAUGGGGCCGCUUGCUUGGUGGUGCCCCUCGCUCAGUGGUGUUGCAGACUCUGGGGCCUUUCAGAACAGGUGUAUAUAUACUGAGAUCAUGUGACAGAUCAUGUGACACUUAGAUUGCACACAGGUGGACUUUAUUUAACUAAUUAUGUGACUUCUAAUGGUAAUUGGUUGCACCAGAUGUUAUUUAGGCACUUCAUAGCAAAGGUGAUUAAUAGAUCCACACCACUUUUCCGUUAUUUACUUUUUUGAAUUUUUUGAAACAAGUUAUUUUUUGAAUUUCCCUACACCAAUUUGGACUAUUUUGUGUAUGUCCAUUACAUGAAAUCCAAAUAAAAAUCCAUUUAAAUUACAGGUUGUAAUGCAACAAAAUAGGAAAAAGGCCAAGGGGGAGGAAUACAUUUGCAAGGCACUGUAUGUACUGAUAUGUAGGCUAUGUGUGACGUUUUACAUUUAUGUAGUUCAGUCCUUGACCCUGUAAUGUUCUGUACUAUGUAUUAUGUCAUGUUUCAUGUGGGCCCCAGGAAGAGUAGCUACUACUUUUGCAGUGGCUAAUGGGGAUCCUGAUAAAUAUGAAAAACCAAAAAUCCUACAGACUACAUACCACAAUCCCCCAGUUCCAUGGAUCCCAGCCCAGUGGCCUACAGCCUCCACUCAUCAUCCGUUUACCUCGCCACCUUACUACCUGAUCCGACCCAGGGGCUGCAGCACAGGACACAAAGUCAAGCCUGCAUAUACUGGAGAGACCCAUGACUCCAGUGAUAUUCUAGAACCCAGUCGGCCCCUGACCCUCUUUGGACAACACCACCCCAGGCCUACCAGCCUGCGGCCCAGCCAUACAAGGCUCCAGCCCAGGCCCCAGCUCAGCCCUACUAUUCCCCGGCUCAGCCAUACUUUUAUUUAAAUUUUAUUUAACCUUUAUUUAACCAGGUAAGCUAGUUUAGAACAAGUUCUCAUUUACAACUGUGACCUGGCCAAGAUAAAGCAAAGCAGUGCGAUAAAAACAACAACACAGAGUUACAUAUGGGUUAAAACAAAACAUAAAGUCAAAAAUACAACAGAAAAUAUAUAUACAGUGUGUGCAAAUGUAGCAAGUUAUGGAGGUAAGGCAAUAAAUAGGCUAUAGUGCAAAAUAAUUACAAUUAGUAUUAACACUGGAAUGAUAGAUGUGCAAGACAUGAUGUGCAAAUAGAGAUACUGGGGUGCAAAUGAGCAAAAUAAAUAACAAUAUGGGGAUGAGGUAGUUGGGUGGGCUAAUUUCAAAUGGGCUGUGUACAGGUGCAGUGAUCGGUAAGGUGCUAUGACAACUGAUGCUUAAAGUUAGUGAGGGAGAUAAGAGUCUCCAGCUUCAGAGAUUUUUGCAAUUCGUUCCAGUCAUUGGCAGCAGAGAACUGGAAGGAAUGGCGGCCAAAGGAGGUGUUGGCUUUGGGGAUGACCAGUGAGAUAUACCUGCUGGAGCGCAUACUACGGGUGGGUGUUGCUAUGGUGACCAAUGAGCUAAGAUAAGGCAGGGAUUUGCCUAGCAGUGAUUUAUAGAUGGCCUGGAGCCAGUGGGUUUGAAGACGAAUAUGUAGUGAGGACCAGCCAACAAGAGCGUACAGGUCACAGUGGUGGGUAGUAUGUGGGGCUUUGGUGACAAAACGGAUGGCACUGUGAUAGACUACAUCCAAUUUGCUGAGUAGAGUGUUGGAGGCUAUUUUGUAAAUGACAUCGCCGAAGUCAAGGAUCGGUAGGAUAGUCAGUUUUACGAGGGCAUGUUUGGCAGCAUGAGUGAAGGAGGCUUUGUUGCGAAAUAGGAAGCCGAUUCUAGAUUUAACUUUGGAUUGGAGAUGCUUAAUGUGAGUCUGGAAGGAGAGUUUACAGUCUAACCAGACACCUAGGUAUUUGUAGUUGUCCACAUACUCUAGGUCAGACCCGUUGAGAGUAGUGAUUCUAGUCGGGUGGGCGGGUGCCAGCAGCGUUCGAUUGAAGAGCAUGCAUUUAGUUUUACUAGUGUUUAAGAGCAGUUGGAGGCUACUGAAGGAGUGUUGUAUGGCAUUGAAGCUCGUUUGGAGGUUUGUUAACACAGUGUCCAAUGAAGGGCCAGAUGUAUACAAAAUGGUGUCGUCUGCGUAGAGGUGGAUCUGAGAGUCACCAGAAGCAAGAGCGACAUCAUUGAUAUACACAGAGAAAAGAGUCGGCCCAAGAAUUGAACCCUGUGGCACCCCCACAGAGACUGCCAUAGGUCCAGACAACAGGCCCUCCGAUUUGACACAUUGAACUCUAUCUGAGAAGUUGUUCGUGAACCAGGCGAGGCAGUCAUUUGAGAAACCAAGGCUAUUUAGUCUGCCAAUACCAGGCUCCAGCCCAGGGCCCAGCUCAGCCCUAUCAGCCUCCAGCCCUGCCAUACCAAGCUCCAGCACUGGCCCCCGCUCAGCCCUACCAGGCCCUGGUCCAGCCAUGCCAGGUCCCAGCUCAGCCGUACCAGCUCCAUCCCCCGCUCAGCCCUACCAGCCCCUGGUCCACCCAUACCAGGCUCCAGCCCAGGCACCCUCUCAGCCCUACCAGCCCCUAGUCCAGUCAUACCAGGCUCCAGCUGUAACAAUG